CUUCACAAAACCAGUGACUUCACUUCCCAAAAUUAGCAAAAAAAACUUUCAUCCGGUGAAGUGUCUCUCUGUGUCUCUGCCACAAUCAGAGUGAGAGAGACCGGGACACUGACAGACAGACAGGCAGGCAGGCUCUCCGCUCACCAGGUCAAUGAGUGGCACCGCAAGGGGUUCUCCUGCACUCAGCUUCAUAUGGACGGGACCAUCAAGGUAAGGGGCUCCUGACAGGAGAUAGGGGCCCGGGACACCGGGGAGGGGGAACUCGGCCAGGUCAGGGGCUCAGCUUAAACUGGAGAUGGGGGGCGGGGGCACAAUCUGGUACCCCCACAAAUUGCCCCCCUCAUCGCUUUAUUUACCAUUACUGGCUCCAUUCACCAUCACUUUCACCAGAAUUCUCUCUGUGCAUCAUUACUGUGUGAAUUCAGCAUCACUCACUGCUCACCAUGACUACUCACCAUCAAUCACUCUCAAUCUGCUCACCAUCACUCACCUUCUCUCCAUCUACUCACCAUCACCCACCUCUCCAUCUACUCACCAUCACUACUCACCAUCACCCACCUCUCCAUCUACUCACCAUCACUACUCACCAUUACUCACCUUCUCUCCAUCUACUCACCAUUACUCACCUUCUCUCCAUCUACUCACCAUAACCCACCUCUCCAUCUACUCACCUUCUCUCCAUCUACUCACCAUCACUACUCACCAUCACUCACCUCUCCAUCUACUCACCAUCACUCAUCAUGUACACAAUUACUCUGUUCACAUCACUUUCUCUAUUCACCAUCACUUUAUUCACCGUCUCUCACUCUAUUCACUAUCACUUUCUAAACUCUUAAUCUAUUUUCUCUCUUUCUCUCUCUCUCAUCACUUUAUAUCUCUUAUUAUCUAUCUCCCUGGUAUUUAUCGCUUUAUUCAGAGAAGUGCGGGUUUCCAGCCUUAUAUAAAAUUAGGAAGCCAAAGUUAUUGUGCAACUGCGGUUAGAUGGGGAUAAACGUGACACCCAGCCUGGCUCCCUCUGUAUAACCACACAUGAGUAAUAAUAUAAUACUGUGUAUAGAGACUGGGCUCCUCUGUAUAAUAAUAUAAUAAUCUGUAUAGAGACUGGGCUCCUCUGUGUAAUAAUAUAAUACUGUGUAUAGAGACUGGGCCCCUCUGUAUAAUAAUAUAAUACUGUGUAUAGAGACUGGGCCCCUCUGUAUAAUUAUAUAAUACUGUGUAUAGAGACUGGGCUCCUCUGUAUAAUAAUAUAAUACUGUUUAUAGAGACUGGGCCCCUUUAUAUAAUACUGUGUAUAGAGACUGGGCUCCUCUGUGUAAUAAUAUAAUACUGUGUAUAGAGACUGGGCUCCUCUGUAUAAUAAUAUAAUACUGUGUAUAAAGACUGGGCUCCUCUGUAUAAUAAUAUAAUACUGUGUGUAGAGACUGGGCUCCUUCUGUAUAAUAAUAUAAUACUGUGUAUAAAGACUAGGCCCAUCUGUAUAAUAAUAUAAUACUGUGUAUUGAGACUGUGCCCCUCUGUAUAAUAAUAUAGUACUCUGUAUAAUAUUAAUAUAAUACUGUGUAUAGAGACUUGGCCCCUCUGUAUAAUAAUAAAAUAAUGUGUAUAAAGACUGUGCUCCUCUGAUAUAAUGCUCUGUAUAGAGACUAGGCCCCUCUGUGUAAUAAUAUAAUACUGUGUGUAGAGACUGGGCUUGCUCUGUAUAAUAAUAUAAUACUGUGUAUAAAGACUAGGCCCCUCUGUGUAAUAAUGUAAUACUUUGUAUAGAGACUGGGCUCCCUCUGUAUAAUAAUAUAAUACUGUGUAUAGAGACUGGGCUCCCUCUGUAUAAUAAUAUAAUACUGUGUAUAGAGACUGGGCUCCUCUAUGUAAUAAUAUAAUCCUGUAUAUAGAGACGGCCCCUCUGUAUCAUAAUAAUAAUAAUAAUAAUAAUAUAAUAAUACUCUGUAUAGAGACUGGGCUCGCUCUGUAUAAUAAUAUAAUACUGUGUGUAGAGACUGGGCUCUCUCUGUACAAUAAUAUAAUAUUGUGUAUAGAGACUGGGCCCUUCUGUGUAAUAAUAUAAUACUGUGUAUAGAGACUGGGCCCCGCUGUGUAAUAAUAAUAAAAUACUGUGUAUAGAGACUGGGAACCUCUGUAUAAUAAUAUAAUGCUCUGUAUAGAGACUAGGCCCCUCUGUAUAAUAAUAUAAUACUGUGUAUAAAGACUAGGACCCUCUGUAUAAUAAUAUAAUACUGUGUAUAGAGACUGGGCUCCUCUGUAUAAUAAUAUAAUGCUCUGUAUAGAGACUAGGCCCCUCUGUAUAAUAAUAUAAUACUGUGUAUAGAGACUGGGCCCCGCUGUGUAAUAAUAAUAAAAUACUGUGUAUAGAGACUGGGAACCUCUGUAUAAUAAUAUAAUGCUCUGUAUAGAGACUAGGCCCCUCUGUAUAAUAAUAUAAUACUGUGUAUAAAGACUAGCCCCCUCUGUAUAAUAAUAUAAUACUGUGUAUAGAGACUGGGCUCCUCUGUAUAAUAAUAUAAUGCUCUGUAUAGAGACUAGGCCCCUCUGUAUAAUAAUAUAAUACUGUGUAUAGAGACUGGGCUUGCUCUGUAUAAUAAUAUGAUACUGUGUAUAAAGACUAGGCCCCUCUGUGUAAUAAUAUAAUAAUGUGUAUAGAGACUUGGCUCCUCUGUAUAAUAAUAAUAUAAUAGUGUGUAUAGAGUAUAAUAAUAUAAUGCUGUAUAUAGAGACUGGGCUCCUCUGUGUAAUAAUAUAAUCCUGUAUAUAGAGACUUGGCCCCUCUGUAUAAUAAUAUAAUGUGUAUAGAGACUAGGCCCCUCUGUACAAUAAUAUAAUAAUGUGUAUAAAGACUAGGCCCCUAUUUGUAAUAAUAUAAUACUGUGUAUAAAGACUGGGCCCAUCUGUAUAAUAAUAUAAUACUGUGUAUAGAGACUGUGCUCCUCUGUAUACUAAUAUAAUGCUCUGUAUAGUGACUAGGUCCCUCUGUGUAAUAAUAUAAUACGCUGUAUAGAGACUUGGCUCCUCUGUAUAAUAAUAUAAUACUGUGUAUAAAGACUAGGCCCCUCUGUAUAAUAAUAUAAUACUGUGUAUAGAGACUGGGCUCCCUCAGUAUAAUUCUAUAAUACUGUGUAUAAAGACUAGGCCCCUCUGUAUAAUAAUAUAAUAUUGUGUGUAGAGACUGGGCUCCUCUGUAUAAUAAUAUAAUACUGUGUAUAAAGACUAGCUUCCUCUGUGUAAUAAUAUAAUAUUAUGUAUAAAGACUGGGCUCCUCUGUAUAAUAAUAUAAUACUGUGUGUAGAGACUGGGACCCGCAAUAUGAUAAUAAUAAUAAUAAUAUAAUAGUGUGUAUAGAGUAUAGUAAUAUAAUACUGUGAAUAGAGAAUGAGCUCACUCUGUAUAAUAAUAUAAUGCCGUGUAUAGAGACUGGGCUCCUCUAUGUAAUAAUAUAAUCCUGUAUAUAGAGACUUGGCCCCUCUGUAUAAUAAUAUAAUACUGUGUAUAGAGACUGGGACCCUCUGUAUAAUAAUAAUAAUGUUGUUUAUAAAGAAUGGGACCCUCUGUAUAAUAAAAUAAUACUGUGUAUAGAGACUAGGCUCCUCAGUAUAAUAAUAUAAUACUUUUUUUUAGAGACUGGGCUCCCUCUGUGUAAUAAUAAUAUAAUACUGUGUAUAGAGACUAGGCCCCUCUGUAUAAUAAUAAUAAUAAUAAUAUAAUGCUGUUUAUAGAGAAUGGGACCCUCUGUAUAAUAAAAUUAUAUUGUGUAUAGGGACUGGGCCUCCCUGUGUAAUAAUAUAAUACUGUGUAUAGAGACUGGGCCCCUCUGUAUAAUAAUAUAAUACUGUGUAUAGGGACUGGGCCCCUCUGUAUAAUAAUAUAAUACUGUGUAUAGAGACUAGGCUCCUCAGUAUAAUAUUAUAAUACUUUUUUUUAGAGACUGGGCCCCAUUGUAUAAUAAUAUUAUAAUACCAUGUAUAGUGACUGGGCCCCCUCUAUAAACUAAUAUAAUACUUUGUAUAGAGACUGGGUUCCCUUUAUAUACAGAUAUCCCAUGUUAUCCCCGUUUGUCCCUCGUUCUUAAUGUGUGUGACAUAAAGUACAUAUGAACCAGAAAACAUUAAAGGAUUACUAUAGGGUCAUGAACACAAAUGUAGCUCCCCUCUUGCCACCCUAAAUAUAGUAAAAUCUUACUUGUAUUCAAGUCUGCUCCUGGCUCUGCCCCUGUCUACCUCUGACUUGCCCCUGUCUGCUGACAUCAUCAGAAGUGGUGGUCUGAACCAAUCACAAUGCUUCCCCAUAGGACUGCAGAAACUGUGAAGGAGUCAGAUCAUGGGCAGAGCCAGCAUGAUUCAAACACAGCCCUGGCCAAUCAGCAUCUGAUCACAGAGAUUAAUUAAAUCAAUGCAUCUCUAUGAGGAAAGUUCAGUGUCUGCAUGCAGAGGGUGGAGACACUGAAUGGCAGUGCUGCACAUUAGGCAGGACUGCUUAAGGAAGCAACUUUAGCAGCCAUCUGAGGAGUGGCCAGUGGAGGUAUCCCUAGGCUGUAAUGUAAACACUGCAUUUUCUCUGAAAGCCUGAAGGUAAUGAUUCUACUCACCAGAACAAAUCCAAUAAGCUGUAGUUGUUCUGGUGACUAUAGUGGCCUUUAAUUUGUUUUCUAUAAUAUUUUAUUCAAAUAAAUAAAAUACAUAUUUUGAAAAGUUGUUUAUGUUUCUUGAAUGUAUCCAAGAGAGUGUAGCAGUAGAUGGUUGGUAUAUAGAGUGUAGCAGUAGAUGGUUGUUAUAUAGAAUGUAGCAGUAGUAAUAUAGAGUGUAGCAUUAGAUGGUUGUUAUAUAGAGUGUAGCAGUAGAUUGUUGGUAUAUAGAGUGUAGCAGUGGUAAUAUAGACUGUAGCAGUAGAUGGUUGUUAUAUAGAGUGUAGCAGUAGUAAUAUAGAGUGUAGCAGUAGAUGGUUGUUAUAUAGAGUACAGUAGUAGAGGGUUGUUCUAUAGAGUGUAGCAGUAGUAAUAUAGAGUGUAGCAGUAGAUGAUUGUUAUAUAGAGUACAGUAGUAGAGGGUUGUUCUAUAGAGUGUAGCAGUAGUAAUAGAGAGUGUAGCAGUAGUAAUAUAGAGUGUAGCAGUAGAGGGUUGUUAUAUAGUGUACAGUAGUAGAGGGUUGUACUAUAGAGUGUAGAUGUAGAUGGUUCGUAUAUAGACUGUAGCAGUAGAUGGUUGGUAUAUAGAGUGUAGCAGUAGUAAUAUAGAGUGUAGCAGUUAUUCUAUAGAGUGUAGCAGUAGUAAUAUAGCGUAGCAGUAGAGGGUUGUUCUAUAGAGCGUAGCAGUAGUAAAUCAUGAGUAAUCCCUGGUCAGGAAUUAUUUAUCUAAUUAAUCCAAAUUAAUCUCUUUAAACCAAUUCUGCUGUCUGGUGCUUUGUAAAUUGAAAAAUCCAAAUUAAUAAUGAAUUUUAACGUAGCCCCCUUUGCAUUCACAUAUAUUGUUCCUACGCCUGGCAGGGCACCAAGGUUUCUUCUAGUGAACGUAGCGGCCACAGAAUAUGUGAGCUCUGUGUAUAAUGUUGGGUUUGUCCACACACCCGGGGUGGGAAUACUUUUGAUCUGUGUAUUUUCUACUGAAAUCUGCUGACCUGAUGGAUAAAUACUGUUAAGAAAUAAUAAACCACCAAGUGAAUGUGUUUGAUUACAUCCAAGACUGAAGAUUACUUUCACAGAGAAAGCAGUUUAUAGCAUGAAAUGUCUGUCUGUCUGCUGUAACAUGUCAUUUUAAAUAUAUAAUAUUCAUGAAAGAAAUUGAGCAUAUAACAUAACAUACAAUACACGUAUAAUAUAUACAACACAACAUGUAAAUAUAAUAAAAUGCAUAUGUAAUACAAAAUACACAUAACACAACAUUCAUAUAUAUAUAUACAGCAUAUAUAUAACACAACAUUCAUAUUAUUUAAAAUAUAUAACUCAACAUGCAUAUAACAUAGCAUGCAUCUUCAUGUAAGUCAUUUUAGUCAGUAUGCACAGGCUAUGUCUCUGUUUGUAUAAAGGGCUGCUGUGUUUAUCAAUGAUAUGUACUAUUAAACGGGAUUCCUUGGAGUAUGAUGGACAAGGUGUAACUUUGUCUGCCCUACAAUGUACCCUCAAAACGCUAAGGGAUUUCUUCGCUAAACAGUGAACUGUGGGAUGUUCUAAAUGGAUAUGGAAAAAUGAAGCCAAAAUCUUCAGCAGAAAUCACCAGUUGCAAAGCCAGGAUAUUUGUUACAAUUUGAUUGUAACAAACACACCAUUUAGGGAAUAUUCCCCAUGGGCCGUGAUCCUACUAGAUGGAUCCUUGUAUGAAUUUUAAAGCUCAUCGGGGUUAUUUACUAAAUUGUGCAUCAUCCAGAAUUCAGGUUUAAUUUUAGGGUUCAGGCAGAAAUGGCAAAACUGGAAACAGCAAGGAAGAUUUGUUGGCUAUUUUGGGCUAAAACUUGAAUUCUCAGCAGUUUGCAAUUUGUCUCUGAUCCGACUCCCGUCUCUUAGUGAUUAAUCUUUAUCUGAGAAUGCUCACUGGGUUAUAACUGAGCUUUCAUUAUUAACUCCUACAUUCAUUAUUGUAGGAAUCAUUUCCUAAUAGAUUGAAAAAUAAAUUAUAUUUCUGUUUGUUUGUUUGUUUGUUUUGUUUUGUGUAAGCAGUCUGUAUUCGCCAUUUUGUUUUCUAUCCAAUGGGUUGCUUCAUUUGAAAUAAAAUCACAUUCCUCAAUCUGUGUGUGAUUAAUACGAUGUAGCAUUAAUGUAUGAUGUAUAGUGUGACCAGGCCCACCCACAGGUCUUCUAGUGGAGGGUAGCACAGCUUAGUGGACGUGGCCCACUGUAAACAGAGUAUACUUGGUGGUAACUUGCCUUUGGUUCUUGUCAGAGAUCAUCUUGGUGUUGCCUUUUCAUUUUAUGCCUCCAAUCUGGGACUGGCUGGCAGAUUAACUAUUGGGUGUUCACUUAAGUGUGAAUUAUUGGUAGUUUGAAGUAAUUUCAGAGUGAAUUUCAAACCUUAAAGGGACACUCCACUGCUCAAAUGAAAAAAUAAAUUUAAAAAAAAUGCACUGCUUAGGAGCUAUACCACAUCAAAUUUUUUUUAUAUGGGAGUAUAUAUAAAACAGCUUGUAAUAGCUGCAUAUCCCUUUUCCGCAGCCUAUACAAGCCCUCCCCUUCUAACCCCGCCCAGACUUUCUGUGGCUGUCCAAUCACAGACUUCCUAAUGCAGCUCAAUGAGAAAUCUCUGCAAGGCAGGUGCUCUGGGCAAUUGCUGCAUCUUGAGUUUAUCUCCACUGAGCUAAACAAACCAGGAAGUAACAGGAUUAAUAAUCUGAUUGACAGCUGGAGGCAUGUAGCCAGGUUAUUUUAUAAAAAUUAAUUAAAAAUGAGACUCUCAUCAAACAUAAAGCAUUUAUAGCAAGCUAGUGGUCUAGUGUGUCUCUUUAAGCCACAAUAGACCAAUUGGAAAUAUCUCACAAGUAGUUUUGUUUUCAGUUUGGCUAUUCUUGGCUGGAAUGACAGAUUCAUUUUGAUUUCACUAUGAAUCCUGCGUAUUCAGUAUGAAAACAGCAAAAAAAGAACAUAUGCUUGCAUGUAUAGACAUGGGAAUCACGUUUAAAAGGGAAGUUCUGGAAGUGUAGGAAUCUACAGAAACAUUCCAUCGGUUUCCAUGGAGACUGCUCCACUUUUAAAAUUUGCACUACUUCCCUUUAUACAUGUGCUGCAUUAGGUGCACCUGCUGGUUAAUGUAAACAGCCAAACAGUGACUCAUGUGUCUGUAACUCAAUAAAUAAGACAUGUGAGAUAUAGUCCAAAAUACCAGAGAGCAAAAACGGUAACUGGAGAGUUUUUCUUUCUCGUUCAGUUAUUUUUCUGGCGUACAUAUUCCAGGGCCCUAAAUUAAAUACAACAAUUCAUGCAUAACUCACCCCAAAGUAUGUUCCAGCCUCCAGUGGACAGAGAUAACAGCCAGCCUCUGAUAACUACACACAGGGUCAGUGACAUAUAAUGAUCAAUACAAGUUUGGCUUUAUUGAAUACAGUAUCCCAGGGCUCAAUCUGUAAUGUCUUUACUGCAGAAAUUCCACUCUAAUUUAAUCUUUCAUUGCUCACCUCCCUUCUCUUAUACUUCACCCUCUCCUCAAUCAUCAAACCCAAUACCUCUAUCUUUCCUCAUUCAUCAAACCCAAUCCCCCUACCUCUCCUCAAUCAUAAACCCAAUCCCCCUACCUCUCUUCAUUCAUAAACCCAAUACCCCUACCUCUCCUCAUUCAUAAACCCAAUCGCCCUACCUCUCUUCAUUCAUAAACCCAAUACCCCUACCUCUCCUCAUUCAUAAACCCAAUCCCCCUACCUCUCCUCAAUCAUAAACCCAAUAUUCCUACCUCUCCUCAUUCAUAAACCCAAUACCCCUACCUCUCCUCAUUCAUAAACCCAAUCCCCCUACCUCUCUUCAUUCAUAAACCCAAUACCCCUACCUCUCCUCAUUCAUAAACCCAAUACCCCUACCUCUCCUCAAUCAUCAAACCCAAACCCCCCUACCUCUCCUCAUUAAUCCUCACUAUAUUCCUACCUCUCCUCAUUAAUCCUCACUAUAUUCCUACCUCUCUUCAUUCAUCAAACCCAAUACUACCUCUCCUCAUUCAUCAAACCCAUUACCUCCACCUCUAAUCAUUAUCAAACCCAAUAAUACCUCUCCUCAUUCAUCAAAUCCGCUACCUCUACCUCUCCUCAUUCAUCAAACCCCAUAGCCCUACCUCUCCUCAUUCAUCAAACCUCAUUUAUACGUCUCCUCAUUUAUACUCACUAUACCGUUACCUCUCUUCAUUCUUCACACCCAAUACCCCUACCUCUCCUCAUUCAUCAAACUCGAUAUCCCUACCUCCUCUAAUUCAUCAAACCCAAUACCCCUACCUCUCCUCAUUCAUCUAACCCACUACCCCUACCUCUCCUCAUUCAUCUAACCCAAUACCCCUACCUUUCUUCAUUCAUCAAACUCACUACCCCUACCUCUUCUAAUUCAUCAAACCCAAUACCCCUACCUCUCCUUAUUCAUCAAACCCACUACCCCUACCUCUCCUCAUUCAUCUAACCCAAUACCUUCACCUCUCCUCAUUCAUCAAACCCACUACCCCUACCUCUCCUCAUUCAUCAAAUCCAAUACUCCUACCUCUCCUCAUUCAUCAAACCCAGGGUGGGUCCGUAGUACACAUGCAUUUCUCUAUUUUCCACUGGGAACUCACUGCAGCCUCUUGUUGAUUUCUCUAAUACUUUUAAUUUUCAAAUACAAUAAAAAGAUACAAUAGUUGGUUUACUCAUCCUCAAUCAGUUUUUCUACACUUUAGUUUUUCGUUUUUUUUUUUUCUGAUAUGCCUGCAUUGCUAAAAGAGCUCUGAGACAUUACUGCUAAUAAGGAAAUGUCUAAAAGCCUCUAAUAUCUCGCCAUGAUAAUACGGACGUUAAGUUAUUGCUAAAAGAAUCACACUGUGGGUAUUAAGUCCCUCCGUUUUAUGCUCUCAUGCACUCUCAUUGCAUUCCUGCCCUCCAAUCUAUCAAGCACUUAUCCCCUCACAUGAUGAUCCUUCCAUGCCCAGUUUUCUCUCUGGCUCCCCCAGGCUAUGCUGCUCCUCCCUUCUGUUCCCAGGUCUCUUACUCUCUAACCUCAUCCUCCCCCUCUGUCCCCAGGUUUCCUUUAUUCUCAGCGUGUUCCCCCUCUGUCCCCAGUUUUUCUUACCUCUCACUCUCCACCAUCUUGGUUCCCAGGACUGUUCGAUCCAAAUCUUCUCACCCCCGACACCAGCUUAUCUUUAAAGGUUCAUGUUUAACCAAACAGUGUUGAAUUCAACUCCGUCUAGCUUUGCCCCUCUUCUUCCACUUAUGUCUCAAGCUUGAAUUAGGAAGCCUCGGACAGGGGCGCUGUGAUGGUAGUUACCAUCACCAGGAACCUCAGACAAACACUUUGCAUAGGACCCUGGACUAGUCCUAUGUCUAACUCCUCCUGUGCCCAUUAUAGGUGCAGGCUGUGUAUAACAUAUUUGUUUAUUGUUAAAAAAAAUUUGUAGUCUCCUGUCCUGCUGAUGCUUGCUACAAACGGGGUGGAUUUGGCUAAGGAGCCUGUAUAGCACCCUCUGUUGGUAGCAACACUACCUGAAUAGCAAGGCUUGUUAAUUUGCAUAUUCAGGUAGAUUUGGAUAUUAUGGUUUCUGAAGGCAGGAGAGAUAUUUUGUGUUAGUUAUUAUUUUUCCCACCCCUUUAUAAAUAUGUAAUUGUGUUAUUAUAUGAUUUGCUUAUUUGUAUCUUAUUUAUCUUAUUUCAGUUGUCACAGCAAUGUAAAUGUAAUGAGAAUAGUGGCUAGUCCUCAGUAAAAAUAAAGCUGAGAAUGUUCAAUCGUUUUGGAACUUGAGCGAUGUAUAUAUAUAUCUUAAAUAUGUCAACUAAUUAAUGGAAUCCCUGUUUGAAGCUAUCUAAGGCUUCUUCAUUCCAGCUUUACACAAAAGCAGUAGGAGAGGAGCCAAACACACAGGCGCUGGAUUCAACACUUCGAGGUUAAACUGUUCUUUAAUGGUUUAACCCCUGAAAUAAGCCGAUGCUAGGGAUGCCCUGGCACCAAAACAACUUAAUUCUUCUUUAAAGAUGGAUGGAUAGAACACACAUUUUAUAAGGUGUAAUAAAAAUGACAUGUAAACAAAAAAAUGUAUUAAAUAAUUUUUCUGAUUUGGCUGUAUUGAUAUAUGCCCAUGUAGCAAAUCCCUGUGUAGUAAAUAAACUUGUAGGAGGUAAUUUUUCUUCCUAUUCAGUUUUCUAAGUUCCUCUAAAGUUAUUUGGAUUGAGACAGCUUUGUAGAGUGACAGGAUUGUGACUUUGGGUUUCCAUAGGACAAGAGGUGGCUAACUUGCUCCUAUUUUUGAAUUUGGGCCUCAGCUUUUCUGUGAAGAAUUCCAUUAAUUCCUCUAUUCUCUUACAGAUGUUGAUCAUGUUGAUGUUGGUGUUUUCUAUCAAACUACUUUUCUACUCUUACCCUUACCGUUUGUGUUGCUUUACCCCACUCCCUCUAGAAUGUAGGCUCACUAAGCGGGUCCCUCAAUCCAUCUGAUUCUGUGCAUCCAACUCGUCUGGUUACAAAUACAUGUCUGUUAGUCCACCCAUUGUGCAGCGCUGCGGAAUAUAAAUAAAUAAUAAUUUAUAUAAGUAAAUAAUAAUGCAGGAAGCAUUACCGAUGGUGCCGCCAUGAUUGCAUAGUAUAGCUGUUCUAAUGAUGCCAAUAAAAAGGUGCCCCCUGUAAUAAUUCAUGGCUGCUGUGUUUGGAGAGCAAGCUUGGCUAGUGAGGAAGCUGGUUUCCUUAAUCUAUUCGCUGCAGAGAUCUGUGUCUAAUCUGAAGGUCGCAGGUCAGUUCCCAGCAGAUCCUUUCAUCAAUCUAAGGUCAUUGAAUGAGCAACAAAGUGUCAGAUAGGAGCCAUGUUUUGUUGCUCACUGUAAAUCACAUGAUGCCCCAUUUAUAAGUAAAGGAUUUUUACUACAUAAUGGAUUUAAAACUGAAUUACAAAAUAUAAUAAUUGGAAACCUCUGCAACUCAGCUACACUCACAGCCCGGAUAUUCUAGCCUGAAGUUGGUGAUUUAGUGGAUAAACUGGGAUAUUUUAUCUUCUAGAAUGGCAUCAGGAAUUCAUCAUUUCAAAGAUGUUCAUCAUUUUGGCUCAUGUCAAAUUAUUGUCUUUUUCAUCUUUGCUUGUAUCAUAUAAUUGGCAUUCCAACCAUAACAACCACAGUCAUUGUGACUGCUCACACCAUUAGUUUAGGCCUAUCAUUGAGGAUUAGACCGUUCGGGUAAUGUUCAGGGUUUGGAUCAGCGUUAGGUUUAGGGUAAUGGUUAGGCGGAUUGCGCUAUAUUAUGAGGCACGCUCUGAUUUAUUAAAUCUAAAUUACUGAAAUCAUUGUACGCAAUCUACUUUUUGACAAAGUCUGUGUUAUUAAAUACAUUUUAUGUAGCACUUGACCUACUUUCAACUGUAUACACUGACAUUUCUGGAGGUUGAUUUUAACAAGUCGUCAUAUCUAAGGUCGACUGGGAAUAAGGAAGGAAAAUGCAGGCGUCCAACUAAUUAAACUUGUUAGACCUCUGAGCCUGGGACCAGCAUUCAGCAAUGUGUGUUCUUAACAUCGAGACACAGAUAUUGCAGUUAUGUUGCAGACGAUGCACAUGUUGCGGCAGUCUGAACACUUGCGUUUGUUUUGCAUUAAACUCAGAGAACGUCAGCCAAUAACCCAGGGAGUCAAUUUGCAGUAAGAUACUGAUUAUAAACUGCUUGUGAUCUGGUCCAAGAUAUUGGAAGAUGCAAAGAAUGAAUCGUUCCCAGAUCAAUUAUAAAGGAACUCAUGUCGUAACAUGCUCUGCCGUGCUCCAUAACGGUCACCAUAGCGAGAAUAUAAACAUGCUUCAUUAGUGAAAAAUAUAAAAGAGUUUCAGAAUAUUUCACUAAAAUGUUAACUGUCAGGAAUUCAAAAUUAAUUUAAAGUAAAUUUCAAAUGUAGGUCCAAAAUAGCUGAACGGAAAAUAUAGUUAAUUUGAAAAAUUUCCUUAUUCAGACUUUUUUUGCAUAAAAUAUUGGAAUUCCCGUUGAAUUCUUGACAAUUCACACUUUAGUGGAUAACUGUGUGUUCUUCUCACACUUACUACAUGUGGCAAUGAUUGGAAAUAUAUGAUAGAUAUAUAUAUAUAUAUAUAUAUAUAUAAUAAUAAAAUAAAAUUUUAUAUCUAUUAUUUCGACAACACAUUAUUUAUUUAGAAUGUUUAUCUGAACAUAUUUUACCAAGACGGGCACAUUGGGAUUUUUUGUGAUCUUAAGUAUAAUGAGCAAAAUACAAAUGUUACACAUUUACUAUGAGUCAUACCCAGUGCAGGGUACAUUAACAAUGAGUGCAGUUAGGUGGAUAUUUGUAAUUAUUACUAACACCCAUGUUACUGUGCAUUAUCACAAAGGGUAACAUACUGUGUGUACUUACCACCUUGUGUACUUACCACCUUAUGUACACAUAAAGCAGUGUAUCAUUUUCUAAACUUAUUGGCAAUUAUCAAAGGGACUGUAGCGGCUAAGGAGGAGCAAUCGAACGGAUAUAUAUUUCUUCAGACUAUUUUAUUUCUAAACUCUUACAGGCACUGACCAUGGUGUGAACUGGCUGACAAUGAAAUUAGUUAAAGGACCACUAUAGUGCCAGGAAAACAUACUCGUUUUCCUGGCACUAUAGUGCCCUGAGGGUGCCCCCACCCUCAGGGUCCCCCUCCUGCCGGGCUCUGGGGAGAGGAAGGGGUUAAAAUCUUACCUUUCUCCAGCGCCGGGCGGGGAGCUUUCCUCCUUCUCACCUUCUUCCUAGCGACGUCAUCGGCUGAAUGCGCAUGCGCGGCAGGAGAGAAGCCUGCAAGCGCCUCUAGCGGCUAUCAAUGAGACAGCCACUCGAGGCUUUAGAGGCUGGAUUAACCCUCAGUGUAAACAUAGCAGUUUCUCUGAAACUGCUAUGUUUAUAGAAGAAAGGGUUAAUCCUAUCUGGACCUGGCACCCAGACCACUUCACUAAGCCGAAGUGGUCUGGGUGCCUAUAGUGGUCCUUUAAGGUAAAGCUGACUUUGUGCUCUAUGCAAAUGCUCUUGCUGCGCCAGUUUCUCUAACACUGUGGCAUAUUCCCUUUCUGCUACACUCACUGCAUACACUUUGUCUCUGCCCCAGACUGUAUAACAGGAGCUUUUGCCUGCCAGUAAGAAGGGAAGCAGAGGAGUGGACCAGUGAGUGCUAGGGGACAGUCCUUAGAAAGCGUGGAGCGAGCGCAUCAUUAGACGCAUUUAUGCCAAGCUCAGGGUGCUCAGUGUAACACUGCACUCAAUCUUCCAAUCUUCAGGGUGCUGUCUGCAUGGUAUGCCCUUUGUUGGCCAGUCUUCAUGAUUGGCAGACAGCCUGUCAAGCAUUUACACCUGGCUGACCAUCUAAUUCUUCAGGCAGACACUCCCCCUUUUUGGGCAUGUUUGCCCCUUUGGGUAGUUCUGGUUAUGUGAUUCGCGUCAGUGGCCCACCGUUUUAUCCUGCCCACGGACAUUCUGCUUCACCGUACACUGCUGUUAGGGGGUAUGGAUUUACUUUAAAGAUGAAAGUGAGAGAUUAGCAUAGGGUAUGUUUUUUUCUGAUAGCUAUAUCCUGUGAUGUUAGUCCUUCAUUUUCUUGCACUGUACAGGAGCCUGCAAGGAUCAAUUUGUGCAGGACUAAUGAACAUCAUCUGGGGGUUUAGGAGGAGGUGGGAUGGGUUCUGUUCACAGUAAAGGGGAUAUAAGCAAGCAGUGAUGCCCUUCAAAAUGCAAAUUCACAAAAGCUACCGCACAACUUGAUCGAUUUUGAUUUGACUAUUUUGCUUGUGUACAUCAUAAUUAUUUAUGCUUCUGGCAUUUUUGGACUUUGCAUUCCCAAACAUGGCGAUGGAUUCCUUAAAAUACUCAUAAGCAAAGUUUUCAUAAUUUUUAUCUAUUUUUUUUAAUCACACAUACUCAACAUGAUAUAAAUGAUAUUUGUGUGCUACGUACCCCAUUUUUCAUAUAAAUAGUACGAUACAUUCCGCAGACUAAAAUCAAUCAAUAAUAAAGUAGUCACAGUAACCAUCUGCGAGAACAACAAAAAUAGUUUUAUUUAACCAUAUACCUGUCAGUAUACUCUAAUGCAUGACAUUCCCACUGUCUAGAUACACUGCGCUGUUAGCGAAGGAUUUGUGCGAUCUGACAGGUUAUUACCAGGUUGGGGUUCAUAGUUAUUUAAAAAUUUCCUUUUUGCCUCCAAAGUCAUCUUGCUCAGACAUUUUUAUCAGCUCCAGAGAGAUUUCCGUUUAAACACAUCCAACACUUCCUGAUCUAUUUCCUCUGGUAGAACAAAUAUACCACCUGACUCGGUUUCCUUUGAUACAUGCCAAGGCUGUUGGACAAUAGAGACAGGACAAUGGGGUGUCCAUGUGCUAAACGGUGCCAUACAAUGAGGCUUCAUUUCCCACUGGGAGUCCAACUAAUUUUUAGGUAAAUAUUAGUAAUGUAUGGGGUUAUAAGGGAAAAAGAGUGAUGAAAGAGCGGAGGGUGAAUAUUAAGGAGGCCAGUUUGUGAUUAACCUGCUUCCUGAAGUCAGUUUUUAUUGUUCACAUCAUGGUCGUUUAAAAAGUUCUGCAUCGUUCCACAUGUAUUUUACUUGUAUAUUAAGGUAUCAGGCUGUUGUGCAGAUACACAAGAAACAGCAUCUUGUCCUGUGAUGGCUAUCCCUGAAACCCAGACAGAUCUGGGGUGCUAAUGAACCCUAUUACUGAUUAAUGCCACAAAGGUUUAUUCGUGGCUUUAAGGAAGUGAGGUUCCAAACAAGAAUUCAUGGCUACUCAGGGCGUAUGUGGUAUAAUUAUAAUAACGCGUUUAUCGAGGAAAAGGGCAGCUCAUCGUUCCCACAGAAGCUUUCCACUGAUAAAUUGGGUGCGUUUCUGUGUUCUGGGGAAAAAAAUCACAAGUUUUACUGGCUUUAUUAAAAAAAAAUAACCUAGUUUUUUCCUCUUAUAGCUUAUAGGACCAUAUCUAUCUAAAAUGCUACAAUUUUAAAGCAAAUCUCUUUGUAUUCAUAAAAAUAAUCUUUUAUGUAUAGCGGCAAAGCUAUAGAGAGACAAACAGAUAAUUCUGUUAUUACAGAGAUGUAACAGGGUAAAAUCUAUUUCAUGUUGUCAGUGAGAAGAUUGUUCAUAUUCUUUGGGCAGAAAAACAGCCCUGACCUGCAACCACAGAAUGAGCAAGGGCUCUUUUUGCAGAAAAUUACAGAAAAUUCACUAUUGUGUUAUCUGUCAAAACACAACCAACCUUGGAGGCCAACAGUAUGGCCUGUGAGCCUGUCUAUAUUCUGAAAUGUCAUACAUUUGUCGUUUAUAAACAAUGUCUUGGUAUAAACAGAACUGAACACGCUUUCUGAAAUGUUAUUGUAACACCUGUUGGUGCAUUAAUUCUCCAGUUUGUGAUAGUUAUUAGAUUCAUCAGCCAUUUCUACUCUACUGCUGCAAAGAUUGACAUCUGUGGUUAUAAUAUAAAAUAAUCAGUACCAUCAGUGCUGCAGAAGCUAGCUUUUUAUGGCUAAAAAUACCAGCAUAACUUCCUGCUUUUGUUUUUUUUUAAGCAGCAUCUGUAUUUUAGCUGUGCGCAGAAUUAAAGGCGCACCAUACAACCACAAGAGAAUGAAUGAACGAGAGACGUUUUAACUGUCGCUUAAUCCUAAUCAGCUCCUGUUCUUAAAAUAACAGAUUUUCAAGGCCUGAUAAGAAAGCCACAUCCAGGUAUCUGGGGUCUGGGUAUUUUGUUAACUCUUGUGCUAGGGACAAAAAUGGAGUUUGGUACGCUUGCUUGAGCUCAGCCUUCAUUAGUUCUGAUUCCUGUAAGCUUAACAUUUGUUUAUCGUGACCUUUUUUUACCAUAUAUGGCGCCAAAUAAAUACUGCUAAUAUUUAUUAUUUCCUGUUAUAUUUUGUUUACUCAUUGUACAGCGCUACAGAAUGUGUUGGCAGCUUGCAAAUAAAACAAGCAUAUGUAAAGAGCAGCUUUGAUACAAUGUGCUAAAAAAAGAAGUAAUCAGCAGGGACCGUCAAAAGGUUGCAACAGUGACUGCUCACAUUUACUAAUCAUCUACAUUUUUGAAAGUAAACUGAAAAUGAAAAGUAAUUGUCGUUCCACCUAAUAGCCUGUGACAGAGAAAGCCAGCGAGUUCACCAGAGUGGAGGUGUUGGGCAGGAAGUGGUAAUGUCUCAGAUCUAAGUACAGUGUGCUGGAGAUUGCUAAAUUAAUUUUGGGAGAGGGUGCACAUUCAGAAUAUAGAAAAUUUUUAUUUAAUGUUAAAAGCCCCAAAAUAAAAGGUACAUUUUGUGUUAAUAGUUCAGUGCAAGAUAUCGAAAAUUGUUUUUGUUUUUUUAAAUCAUUCAUAAUGUGCCUGUGGCAUUUGUUGUAUGUUUGUGUCAUUUGUUGUGCGUUUGUGGCAUUUGUUGUGAGUCUGUAUCAAAGCCUGACCAUAAGACUGUAUUUGAGCUUGUUGGACAUUCCGUUCCGAAACGGUGGGAAUUAUUAUGCAGUUGGCCCCCCCUGUGUGGCAUUCUUCUGGGAAGACUUUUUACAAGAUUUUAGAUGGUGUCUGGGGGAAAUAUGUGCCCAUGCAGCCAAAAGAGCAUUUGUAAGGUCAUGCCCUGAUGUUGGAACGGUAAGGUCUGGCUUGCGAGAGGCAUCCUAAUUUAUCUCCAAGGUGUUCAGUGGGUUUGAGGUCGGGAGGUAAAUGGGCCGCAUUUAAAGUCACUGAACUCUUCCUGAGGAUUUGUUGUUCUUCCAAUGUUUGUCUAUGGAGAUCUCAUGGCAACGUGUUGGGUUUUACCACCUGUUAGCUAUGGGCAAGGCUCGAACACCUGAACUCAAUCAUUACUAAGGGUGUCCCCAUACUUCUCCCCAUAUAUUGUUAUAAGGUGCCUUUAAAAAAUAAAUUGUCUCUUUUUUUGUCUCAGUGGAAUUCAGUACAGAGCGAUACAUAGUAACAAAACAGAGGUUACCAGUAUUAACAGAAUAGUCUGUAAACUGAGUAUUAAAAAUGCAAUUUGUCAUCAGUGAGUGCAAAACUCCUCUUUUAGAUUUGAAGGACAAAGUUCUACUUUCCUUUUUUUAAAGUUUAUUACAUUUACUGACACUUAUUGAUAUAUAUAUAUUUUAACGAUGUGUAUUGAGUUUUGAGUAAAUUUCACUUUUUUAUCUGACUGAGAGGUCGUGUUGGGUCAAACCCUACUGUUAUUUGACCAACUGCUGCUCAACCUAACUUCCCUGCUGUGAUUACUCUGUGCGCUCUAUGUGAACCUGGAGAAGUAGGUUAGGUUGAGCAGCAGUUGGUCAGAUAUCAGUUCAGCCUGACCCAACAAGGACGCUCUGCCAGAUAAGAUAAUGUGUUCAAAAGAAAGGGAGAGAAUGGGUGUGUUUCCAUUUUUUUUUUUUUUUACAAGACCCCUAAAUUUAGAAUAAGGGAAAAAAGCGAAGCCAUAAAAAAGUAGUGGUAAAAUGGAUAAAUCCGAUGUUCCCCAAUAAUAACUGAUGGACCCCAAUCACAGGGCUACGUUGGUAUUGAUGAAAUCUUUGGGACCCCCAUAUUUUAAUUUGGUUACGUUUUAUGGAAGAGCAAAGUUUUGGUCACUAAGACUUUCGAUGGUUACUUUUUUCUUUGAUAUUGAUCUGUUGUAUGUUAAUCAGCCACCUUUAGGAAGGCAAAACUACUGGGCAGUGGGCACCAGCAUCUGCCAUGUAUUGGUUGGCACAGUGGCCCUAGAUUUAUAUGCCAGGAGGAGGCAGCAUAUGCAUAACUCGUUUGAUGUAUACACGUUUACCACAAAUGCAUCCGUGUGUUUCAGAGUAAAAUCUAAAAAGUACCUCCAAAUUGCACUAUGAUUUUUUUUUAGCAAGAUUUGAUAUUUUGUGAUAUUUUUCAUUCAGAUUCUUAAACAGGAUCAGAUGAUUGCACGACAUUGCCACAGUUGGUAAUAGCUUUCUCUGUGAGUGCUUGGCAGAACUAUGAAAAUACGUCUCCUUGUUUCCUGCAGUCAGUAUAUCCCAGGGGCCGUUUAACCUGCCCACGGGGCAGAACUCAGACAGAAAGCCUUGUGUCAGACUGAAGUAAUGAGGACACAGAGGAGAGAGUCCAGCUUUGCUCGCUGACAACACAAAACACACUUUUCUAAAAGGUGCCCGAAAGUAAAGCAGAACUGCUUACUUUGAGCAUUGCCAUCAGCCAAAAAACAUUUUUUUUUUUUUACUUUUUAAUGUAUUCUUUUUGUAAGAGGAAUAAUCUAAUCUCCCACCUUGGUUCUCUGUCUCUAACAGUUGUCAGAGAAUAAUAGGAAAUAGGUAGUUUAACAGCAGUGGCUCUAUAUCUGUUUAUCUUAAAGGGAAACUCCAGGCACCAAAACAACUUCAUCUAAAUUAUGGUUGUUAUGGUGCCAGGAUACCCCUUGAGGCAACCUUAUCUCAAGGGGCUUAACCGUUCUCGAACAGUUUAACCUCUAAGUUGCUUCCAGCUGCGAUGUCCACUCCUCUCCUGGUGGCAAUCAGUGACUACCCAUUCACUAAACUGGCUUGGAAGAGGUAAGUUUGUUUCUAAGCCAGUUUAGUGAAUGGGGAGUCACUGUUUGGCAGAGAGGGCCUGCUGACUGCUCUCAGCCAAUCAGCGGCGCCCCUGCUUGGUGGCUCUCUGCGCUUCCUGUAAGUGAAAAUUCAGAAGCUGGAUGCUGCCUGGGGAGGAGUGGAAAUUGCCACUGGAGGCCACUUAGGGGUUUAACCGUUUGAGGGAUGUGAGUGGGGGUGUGACCAGGGUUGUGCUGUUCUGGAUGUGAAUUGGGUGUGAGGUUGGGGGGGCAAGGAAUUUAUGAGAAAUUGUAGAUUUCUUAAUAAUGUAUACAGCUAAAAUGUACUUUUUAACAAGAACAAUGUAUCUUAUUUACACAGACUGAUUUCUAAACACAUUUAUUGUAGUUUAAAGACACAUUACUGGGAGUAUAAUCGCCGUGGAGUUCUGUUAUACACUCAGAAACAUUACUGGGAGUAUAAUUGCCGUGGAGCUCUGUUAUAUACUCAGACACAUUACUGGGAGUAUUAUUGAUGUGGAGCUCUGUUAUACACUCAGACACAUUACUGGGAGUAUUAUUGCUGUGAAGCUCUGUUAUAUACUCAGACACAUUACUGGGAGUAGUAUUGCCAUGGAGCUCUGUUAUUCACUCAGACACAUUACUGGGAGUAUUAUUGCAGUGGAGCUCUGUUAUACACUCAGACACAUUACUGGGAGUAUUAUUGCUGUGGAGCUCUGUUAUACACUCAGACACAUUACUGGGAGUAUUAUUGCUGUGGAGCUCUGUUAUACACUCAGACACAUUACUGGGAGUAUUAUUGCUGUGGAGCUCUGUUACACACUCAGACACAAUACUGGGAGUAUUAUUGCUGUGGAGCUCUGUUAUACAUCAGACACACCAACAGUAUGGAGCUCAAUAUGGGACAAUAAGAUAGAAAAGUGGGACAGAGGGAUUUGGGCCCAAAAUAUGGACUGUCUGUCCUAAAUAGAGACAUUUGGGAAGUAUGCCAUAUCCAAGCAGUGCAGCAGUAUGGGAAGCCAUGUAUGACAUCAUACCAGGUGAAAUAAAUUCUCUGCGUUUCAACAUAUGGGUACAUUGUGUGGCGAAGUCUUCCCUUUAAUACCACAACCUUUAUAGCAAGCUUUGGAUCUCAAAGAUGUCCUCACACCCACUGUCAAAAUAAAUAUGUGAUUUUCAUGAAGCAAAGUGCGUCUAUGUGUGCUCCUGUUUCUAAUUUGUGUUUCUGAUGAUUUACCGUGUAAAGAAUUUGGCAUGUCACGCGCCUCCACAGACGGACUAAGAAAACACAGGGCCCUGGGCAGUAACACACUGGGAGCACUCAUACACUUUAUGAUAGUGGGAAGGCAGCUGUUAGGAGAAGUGGCCCCAUAACCUCUGCCCAAUGCAGAAUGCCCCACAUUAGAAUGACCUUGGGCAGUAAUUUAUCGGUGAAUUCCCUCACUCUACAACUCACACCCUGACCAGGGAUCUCCUGCCUCUAAGGUAGAAAAUAUAGAGUAUUUUCGUUUAAAUAUAUUUCCACUUCCUAGCAGAAAUCUUUAUUUAUCUAGUAACCACACCUUGAAAUGAAGGUGUUAGGGGAUGCUUGAUUUAACUCUUGCGAGUUUGAGGGAGUGUGCUUUGGGUUUCUGUAACUCAUGGCCAUACAGCUGCUUAUUCUUUCACUAGUGUUCUAUAAAAAUUGAAGCUCACAGAAUUAUUAUUUUUACUCUACAAAAAAAACCCUGAAAGUCUAGAGAAAAAUGAUGUAAAUGGCAGUGUGAUGUCCCUGGGCUUGUGCCUUCAAUGCGUCUAAGCCAGAGGUUUCUGAAGUCAAAGCGUGGAACCUUUAAACUAGAGAUGUUCUAAACAUCUGUGCAGGAAAAAAAACAGGCCAAGGGACCUGACAGUCCAGCGCCAGCGUUUUGCGCUGUUUGCUCCAAAAUCUCUUAAUUUUAAUAUGGUUUAGAAUGUUCAGCAUUCCAGAGUUCUGCAAAACAAAUAACAAUUUAAAUCAUAUAAAGAGAGACUAGAGAGUAACAAGUGAAUUCCUUUUGAAAUGUAUUUUGUUUUGAGCAGAUGAUCCUGAGAUAGAUGCUGAGCGGCUCAGAUUCUCUGGAUCUUUGAAAGUAUUUGUAAAGCACAGUAUGCAAAAUGUCAUCUGAAUGACACCCCACGAAAAUCCCCCCACCUUUGUGCUACAGAGUAGCGUGUUGGUGGUUAAACUGGCAGGGUAUGUGUUUGGAGAAGGUUCACUGUCAGAGAAACAUUGUCACACUUGCAGAGUAUGUGUUUUAGGGGUAAAUGGUAGAGUAUGUGUUUUAGGGUUUCACAGGCUGGGUAAUUGUUUAGUGGUAUCACAUUGGCAGAGUAUAUGUUCUGGGCGUUCGGGUUCACUGGCCGGGCAAUUGUUUAGUGGUAUCACACUGGCAGUGUAUGUGUUUUUGGGGGUUACAAUGGCAGAGGUUAGGGGUUCACAGGCUGGGCAAUUGUUUAGUGGUAUCAUAUUGGCAGAGUAUGUGUUCUGGGGAUUCACUGGCAUCACAUUGGCAGGGUAUGUGUUUUCAGGGGGUUACAAUGGCAGAGUAUGUGUUUUGUGGGUUACACGGGCUGGGUUUGUGCUUGGAUGGCAUUUUAAGCUUUAGAUGUGAGAUCUGAUAAAUUACUCUGUACAUUAAAUUAUUUACUCGCUUUAUUACAGGAAGCUUUGUCGGUGGUGAGUGACGACCAAUCACUGUUUGAUUCAACGUAUGGAGCAUCAUCCCACCUUCCGAAGGUGGACAUGACUGCCUCUGGGAAUCCGGAUUAUGGACAACCACACAAAAUAAACCCUUUGCCCCCUCAGCAGGAGUGGAUUAACCAGCCCAUACGAGUCAACAUCAAAAGGGAAUAUGAGCACAUGAAUGGCUCCAGGUGAGGUGAACACAGGAGCUAUCCUUUCUGCGGUCAUAUAAUGUAGAUAGAAUGUGCAACUGGUGGUGCCCAUGGCUGUGCCUACAAUGUGCGGACAGUGAAUAUAGAGCCUAGUCAGCAUUUCUUUAUUACUCCUGCUAGGCCACCUGUCUGUACGUAAAUCCUGAGCAAGGUAUAUGUAAAUGUGUAAUGUGAAUGUGAAUAUGCCUUUAGAUUAAUUACUGUCCCACAUGCAGUAUUCUGUAAUAAUGAAACACAAGAUAAAAGCAACUGUAUGGUUCUAAGAAAUGCUUGUUUUCUUCUAAAUGUGACUCCUGUCAGAGGGCUGAGAGUUCUAAAUCAGGGCCUGGUACCUCAGUACCUAGCUAGCCGUGUGUUCCUCUAAGUAAGGAAAACGAGGCAUCAUGCAAACUGGGAGGCAUAGGAGAUAGAGGACAUUGUUGAAAAUCAGAAACAGGCAGAGUGUGUGUUUUUGGGGAUAAAUGGCAGAGUAUGUCUUCUGUGGGUUCACUGGCUGGGUAAUUGUUUAGUGUUAUUACACUGGCACAGUGUGUGUUUUGAGAGAUAAAUUGCAGAGUAUGUCUUUUGGGGGUUACACAGGCUACCAUUUUCAAAACUCCAAAGAUCGCAGUUUAGUGAACUAACCCUUGAGCACAGGAGAAACGAUAAUGGUUUGAACUGUUAGGUCCACUUUGAAAAUAUGAAAUGUAUUUCCACUCUGGAAGCCUUUUUGUGUGCCGGUUCUAUUUUUUAAGAUUGAAGUGUGAAUGUUGCUGUAUUCUGUGCAUGUUAUUUAUAUGCAGCUGUUUGUAAUAUUGUAUUUGUGCAUAUGUGGACUGUUAUAUAUGUUCAUGAGUAGCUUGUGGAGUUGUGUGUGAUACCUAUGAAUGUGGACUGUGUAUCGGCUGCUUGUAGAAUUGUAUUUGUGGAUGAUACAGUUGUGCUCAAAAGUUUACAUACCCUUGGGGAAUUGGUAAUAUAUGUACCAUUUUUAAAUAAAACAUGAGUGAGCAGGCAAAACACAUUUUUUUUAUUUUCUAUGGGAUUCAUAUUCAACUGUACGUUAUAACAGAAUGGCACAAUCAUGAAACAAAACAUGCCAACAAAGAAAAAAAAUGAAAUGACCCCUGUCCAAAAAUCUGCAUACCCUUAGUUCUUAAUACUGUGUAUUUCCCCCUUUAGCAACAAUAACAGCGUGCAGUCUUUUGUAAUAGUUGUCUAUGAGGCCCCUAAUUCUUGCAGGUGGUAUAGCUGCCCAUUCGUCUUGGCAAAAUGCCUCCAGGUCAUGCAAAGUCUUUGGUCGUCUUGCAUGAACCGCACGUUUGAGAUCACCUCAGAGUGGCUUCAUGAUAUUAAGGUCAGGAGACUAUGAUGGCCACUUCAGAACCUUCACUUUAUUCUGCUGUAACCACUGGAGGGUCCACUUGGCCUUCUGCUUAGGGUCAUUGACAUGCUGGAAAGUCUAAGAGCGUCCCAUGUGCAGCCUUCGUUCAGAAGAAUGCAAAUUGUCUGCCAGUAUUAUCUGAUAACAACUGCAUUCAUCUUGCCAUCAAUUUUUACAAUAUUCCCCAUGCCUAUAGAGCUCACACCUCCCUUAAAACAUCAGUGAGUCACCACCAUGUUUUACAUUGGGGAUGGUAUUCUUCUCACUACAGGCCUUGGUGACCCCUCUCCAAACAUAGCGCAUAUGGUUGUGACCAUAAAGCUCUAUUUUGGUCUCAUCACUCCAAAUUACAGUGUGCCACAAGCUGUGAGGUGUCAAGGUGUUUUCAGGCAUAUUGUAACCAGGCUUUUUUGUGUCAUUGGCGCAGUAAAGGCCUUUUUUCUGGAAGCUUGACCAUGCAGAAAAAUUUGUUCAAGUAUCGCUGUAUUGUACUCCUUGAAACAACCACAAUGUAUUUUUCCAGAGCAGCCUGUAUUUAUGCUGAGUUUACCUGUGGGUUUUUCUUUGUAUCCUGAACAAUUCUUCUGACAGUUGUGGCUGAAAUCUUUCUUGGUCUACCUGACCUUGGCUUGGUAUCAAGAGAUUCACGAAUUUUCCACUUCUUAAUAAAUGAUCGAACAGUAUUAACUGGCUUUUCCAAGGCUUUUGAUAUCUUGUUAUAUCCAUUUCCAUCUUUAUAAAGUUCCAUUACCUUGUUACACAGGUCUUUUGACAGUUCUUUUCUGCUCCUCAUGGCUCAGUAUCUAGCCUGCUCAGUGCAUCCACAUGAGAGCUAACAAACUCACUGACUAUUUAUACACAGACACUAAUUGCAAUUUAAAAAGCUACAGGUAUGGGAAAUUAACGUUUAACUACCAUUUUAACCUGUGUGUGUCACCUUGUGUGUCUGUAACAAGGCCAAACAUUCAAGGGUAUAUAAACUUUUGAUCAGGGCCAUUUGGGUGUUUUCUGAUAUCAUUAUGAUUUAACAACUAUGUGGUAAUAAAUGGCUUCAUAUGAUUACUAUCUUUCAAUAAAAUCUGUCAUAUUUUCUAAAUCAAUGCCACAAUUUCUGCCAGGGUAUGCAAACUUGAGCAUAACUAUAUGUCACAUUGCGUGUUUAGUGGUGUGUGGGGCUGCUUGGAGUAUUGCUUGCGAGAUGCUGCUUGUUGUGUACGUGGAUUGUCAGUGUUUUGUGUUUGUGGGGACUGUGUGUGUGUUUUGUGUAUGAGCUGUUUAUAUUAUAUGUAUGAAGGGGAAGCUUAUCCUGCAGCCCUGUGUAUAUCUAGCAAUAUGGUUGGAUUCCCUGGGGUCCAGUGGGUACCGGCUGGCCAGGUACAGGUCAAGGGCAGGAGCUGCAAUAACAGCGUCAGGCAGGGCCAGACCGGGAAAGAAAUCCUGCCCGGGCAUUUUUGAGUCACAGUGGCCCACUGAUAAGGGGGGUGUUUUAUCAUCACCAUUGACAUGCACGCCCCCUCUCAGCAUUUUGGUACUAUGCUCUUGAAGGGUGCAGUGUGUGUGUGAGGCAUGCAAUGUGUGUAUGUAUGUGUGUGUGUGUGUGAGGAGUGCAGUGUGUGUGAGGGGUGCACUGAGUGUGAAGGCUGCAGUGUGUGGGAGGGGUGCAGUGUGUAUGUGGGUGUGUCUGUGUGAAGAGUGCAGUGUGUGUGUGUAGAGUGUGCAGUGUGUGAGGAGCUCAGUGUGUGAAGGCUGCAGUGUGUUUGUGUGUGAGAGGGGAGCAGUGUGUAUAAAAGGUGCAAUGUGUGUAUGAAAGGUGCAGUGUGUAUGUUUGUGUGUCUGUGUGAAGGGUGCAGUGUGUGAGUCCAGUGUGUGAGGAGUUCAGUGUGUGAAGGGUGUAGUUAGUGUGUGUGUGUUUGGUGUGCAGUGGGGGGAAGAGGAGUGCAGUGUGUGUGAGGGGUGUAGUGUGUGAGGGGUGCAGUGUGUGUGAAGGCUGCAGUGUGUGUGUGAGGGGUGCAGUGCAUGUGUGAAAGGUGCAGUGUGUAUAUGUUUCUGUGUUAAGAGUGCAGUUUGUGUGUGUGUGUGUGUGUGUGUGUGUGAAGGGUGCAGUCUGUGAAGGGUGUAGUUAGUGUGUGGGUUUGGUGUGCAGUGGGGUGGAGGAGUGCAGUUUGUGUGUGUGUGUGUGUGUGUGUGUGUGAGGGGUGCAGUGUGAGGCAGUGUGUGAGAGGUGCAUGUGUGUGUGUGAGGGGUGCAGUGUGUAUGAAAAGUGCUGUGUGUAUGAAGGGUGCAGUGUGAGUGUAUGAAAGAUGCAGUGUGUAUGAAGGGUUCAGUGUAUAUGAGAGGUGUAGUGUGCAUGAAAGGUGUAGUGUGUAUGAAGGGUGCAGUGUGUAUGAAGGGUGCUGUGUGUAUGUGUGUGUCUGUGUAAAGGGUGCAGUGUGUCAGGAGUGAAGGGUGUAGUUAGUGCGUGUGUGUUUGGUGUGCAGUGGGGGGGAAAUGAAAUGAAUACAUAAAUAUGUUUUUUUUUUUUUUUUUAAAUCUACACUUUAUAUCCCCCCGCCCUUCUUACCUUUGGCUGGGAGGGGGGACAUAUUUGUAGUAUAGGUGAAUCCCUGGUGGUCAUAGUGGAGGUGAAUCCCUGGUGGUCGUAGUAGUGAGUUCACAGUCGCGAGAUUUGAGCGUUGUCACUGUUGCCACAGCCGGCGGCCGGAUAUCAGUGCCUGUGGGCCGGUGAUGGAGCUCUUUGAUUUAAUCAGCAUCUUGAUAUGCCACACCUGUGAGGUGGAUGGAUUAUCUCGGCAAAGGAGAACUGCUCACUAGCACAGAUUUAGACAGAUUUGUGAACAAUAUUUGAGAGAAAUAGGCCUUUUGUGUACAUAGAAAAAGUCUUAGAUUUUUGAGUUCAGCUUAUGAAAAAUGGGGGGGAAAAACAAAAGUGUUGCAUUUAUAAUUUUAUCCAGUGAUAUCAACUUUCAAACUAUUGCACAGUGUGCAGUGUCAGGCACACGAGUGAGAAAUUGAAUGAUUCACUAUACCAGAGAAUCAUGGGAAAAGUAAUCUAAUUUGCAUGAAAUGCCUUGUCUGUGUCAUGAGGAAACCCUUGUGAUAGUAAAGUUAUAUUAUUUACAAUUCAGCGCCAUAUAAUAUCAGCAAUACCUACUUUUCUGUGUUCAAUAAAAAAAAAUAUCCCAAAUGUGACAGAUCUCAAAUUUUACUGCUGAUUUCUGUUUCUAUAUUUGUAUCUAAACGGUAAUUAGGGGGGGCGACCCAGAAAUUAUUAGAGAAAUGUAGAAAUUUUACUUGUUACAAAGGUUGACUCUUAUACUUGAACAACAUGGCAUUCUCUUGCAGUCUUGUGGGAUGAGAAUUAAACCUCUGGUUUGCUGCCUAGAAAAACAGUAGCCAAAAACAAAGACUUAAAUUCAAACAUAUGUUAGUCAACAUCUUCUGUCUAUUGUGCGGCCUCGGCAGUCUAACAGAGACAUUCGGAAAACAUUAUGGAUGAACUAUUAACCCCUGUGAGAGAUCAGAAACACAUUAUAUAGGAAACCCCUCUCUCUCUACAGAACAGCUCAGUCUGCGUCCGAGAGAAGGAAAAUUCUUGCUAUCGGAGAUUAUCUGAGCGCGAUGUGAAACAUAUUGACCCUGCAGAGCUCUGAAUCUCGCUGUCUGUGUCUGAACAGACUGUAGCAUGCGCUGAAUUCGGGAUACUCAAAAAAUAAUAUAAUUAUUAUUAUUAUUAUUAUUUUAUUAUUUAUAUAGCGCCAGCAAAUUCUGUAGCGUAUAAUAAUUACUGAAUGGUUACUAGUCAUUUUUUUUUAAAACUAUUUAAGAGUUUUAGAUAAAAUUUAGAAAUGCAGCAAUCAGUAGCCAAAGGUUGAAGGGAUUGUAUAUAGCAUUUACAUUUGAUUAUUAAACGCUUGUGCUACGCUGUAUUGAAGUUUAAUCUGUUAAUCUAUGUUAGCUAUGUUAGAGUGUGGAGCAGUGCUGUGUUUGUGCUACGCUGUAUUAAUAUGUUAAUCUGUGCUAUGUUAGCUAUGUUACAGUGUGGAGCAGUGCUGUAUUUGUGCUACAAUGUAUUAAUCUGUUAAUCUGUGCUAUGUUAGCUAUGUUAGAGUGUGGAGCAAUGCUGUGUUUAUUAAAGUUUAAUCUGUUAAUCUGUGCUAUGUUAGCUAUGUUAGAGUGUGGAGCAGUGCUGUGUUUAUUAAAAUUUAAUCUGUUAAUCUGUGCUAUGUUAGCUAUGUUAGAGUGUGGAGCAGUGCUGUGUUUAUUAAAGUUUAAUCUGUUAAUCUGUGCUAUGUUAGUUAUGUUAGAGUGUGGAGCAGUGCUGUGUUUAUUAAAGUUUAAUCUGUUAAUCGGUGCUAUGUUAGCUAUGUUAGAGUGUGGAGCAGUGCUGUGUUUAUUAAAGUUUAAUCUGUUAAUCUGUGCUAUGUUAGCUAUGUUAGAGUGUGGAGCAGUGCUGUGUUUAUUAAAGUUUAAUCUGUUAAUCUGUGCUAUGUUAGCUAUGUUAGAGUGUGGAGCAGUGCUGUAUUUAUUAAAGUUUAAUCUGUUAAUCUGUGCUAUGUUAGCUAUGUUAGAGUGUGGAGCAGUGCUGUGUUUAUUAAAGUUUAAUCUGUUAAUCUGUGCUAUGUUAGCUAUGUUAGAGUGUGGAGCAGUGCUGUGUUUAUUAAAGUUUAAUCUGUUAAUCUGUGCUAUGUUAGCUAUGUUAGAGUGUGGAGCAGUGCUGUGUUUGUGCUAUGCUGUAUUAAUCUGUUAAUCUGUGCUAUGUUAGCUAUGUUAGAGUGUGGAGCAAUGCUGUGUUUAUUAAAGUUUAAUUUGUUAAUCUGUGCUAUGUUAGCUAUGUUAGAGUGUGGAGCAGUGCUGUGUUUAUUAAAAUUUAAUCUGUUAAUCUGUGCUAUGUUAGCUAUGUUAGAGUGUGGAGCAGUGCUGUAUUUAUUAAAGUUUAAUCUGUUAAUCUGUGCUAUGUUAGCUAUGUUAGAGUGUGGAGCAGUGCUGUGUUUAUUAAAGUUUAAUCUGUUAAUCUGUGCUAUGUUAGAGUGUGGAGCAGUGCUGUGUUUAUUAAAGUUUAAUCUGUUAAUCUGUGCUGUGUUAGCUAUGUUAGAGUGUGGAGCAGUGCUGUAUUUAUUAAAGUUUAAUCUGUUAAUCUGUGCUAUGUUAGCUAUGUUAGAGUGUGGAGCAGUGCUGUGUUUAUUAAAGUUUAAUCUGUUAAUCUGUGCUAUGUUAGCUAUGUUAGAGUGUGGAGCAGUGCUGUGUUUGUUAAAGUUUAAUCUGUUAAUCUGUGCUGUGUUAGCUAUGUUAGAGUGUGGAGCAAUGCUGUGUUUAUUAAAGUUUAAUUUGUUAAUCUGUGCUAUGUUAGCUAUGUUAGAGUGUGGAGCAGUGCUGUGUUUAUUAAAGUUUAAUCUGUUAAUCUGUGCUAUGUUAGCUAUGUUAGAGUGUGGAGCAGUGCUGUGUGUUUAUUAAAGUUUAAUCUGUUAAUCUGUGCUAUGUUAGCUAUGUUAGAGUGUGGAGCAGUGCUGUGUUUGUGCUAUGCUGUAUUAAUCUGUUAAUCUGUGCUAUGUUAGCUAUGUUAGAGUGUGGAGCAGUGCUGUGUUUAUUAAAGUUUAAUCUGUUAAUCCGUGCUAUGUUAGCUAUGUUAGAGUGUGGAGCAGUGCUGUGUUUAUUAAAGUUUAAUCUGUUAAUCUGUGCUAUGUUAGCUAUGUUAGAGUGUGGAGCAGUGCUGUGUUUGUGCUACGCUGUAUUAAUCUUUUAAUCUGUGCUAUGUUAGCUAUGUUAGAGUGUGGAGCAGUGCUGUGUUUAUUAAAAUUUAAUCUGUUAAUCUGUGCUAUGUUAGCUAUGUUAGAGUGUGGAGCAGUGCUGUGUUUAUUAAAGCUUAAUCUGUUAAUCUGUGCUAUGUUAGCUAUGUUAGAGUGUGGAGCAGUGCUGUGUUUAUUAAAGUUUAAUCUGUUAAUCUGUGCUAUGUUAGCUAUGUUAGAGUGUGGAGCAGUGCUGUGUUUGUGCUACGCUGUAUUAAUAUGUUAAUCUGUGCUAUGUUAGCUAUGUUAGAGUGUGGAGCAGUGCUGUAUUUAUUAAAGUUUAAUCUGUUAAUCUGUGCUAUGUUAGCUAUGUUAGAGUGUGGAGCAGUGCUGUGUUUAUUAAAGUUUAAUCUGUUAAUCUGUGCUAUGUUAGCUAUGUUAGAGUGUGGAGCAGUGCUGUAUUUAUUAAAGUUUAAUCUGUUAAUCUGUGCUGUGUUAGCUAUGUUAGAGUGUGGAGCAAUGCUGUGUUUAUUAAAGUUUAAUUUGUUAAUCUGUGCUAUGUUAGCUAUGUUAGAGUGUGGAGCAGUGCUGUGUUUAUUAAAGUUUAAUCUGUUAAUCUGUGCUAUGUUAGCUAUGUUAGAGUGUGGAGCAGUGCUGUAUUUAUUAAAGUUUAAUCUGUUAAUCUGUGCUGUGUUAGCUAUGUUAGAGUGUGGAGCAGUGCUGUGUUUAUUAAAGUUUAAUCUGUUAAUCUGUGCUAUGUUAGCUAUGUUAGAGUGUGGAGCAGUGCUGUGCUUAUUAAAAGUUUAAUCUGUAUUAAUCGGUGCUGGGCGUUAGCUAUGUUAGAGUGUGGAGCAGUGCUGUAUUUAUUAAAGUUUAAUCUGUUAAUCUGUGCUAAGUGUUAGCUGCGUUAGAGUGUGGAGCAGUGCCGUGUUUAUUAAAGUUUAAUCUGUUAAUCUGUGCUAUGUUAGCUAUGUGCUAGAGUGUGGGAGCAGUGCUGUGUUUGUGCGGCGCGCUGUAUUAAUCUUCGUUAAUCUGUGCUAUGUUGGGGCUAUGUUAGAGUGUGGAGCGUGCUGGCGUUUAUUAAAGUGCUUAAUCUGUUAAUCUGUGCGUUAGCGUGUUAGGAGUGUGGAGCAGUGCUGUGUUUAUUAAAAAUUUAAUUCGUUAAUCUGUGCUGCGUUAGCUAUGUUAGAGUGUGGAGCAGUGCUGUAUUUAUUAAAGUUUAAUCUGUUAAUCUGUGCUAUGUUAGCUAUGUUAGAGUGUGGAGCAGUGCUGUGUUUAUUAAAGUUUAAUCUGUUAAUCUGUGCUAUGUUAGCUAUGUUAGAGUGUGGAGCAGUGCUGUGUUUAUUAAAGUUUAAUCUGUUAAUCGGUGCUAUGUUAGCUAUGUUAGAGUGUGGAGCAGUGCUGUGUUUAUUAAAGUUUAAUCUGUUAAUCUGUGCUAUGUUAGCUAUGUUAGAGUGUGGAGCAGUGCUGUGUUUAUUAAAGUUUAAUCUGUUAAUCUGUGCUAUGUUAGCUAUGUUAGAGUGUGGAGCAGUGCUGUGUUUAUUAAAGUUUAAUCUGUUAAUCUGUGCUAUGUUAGAGUGUGGAGCAGUGCUGUGUUUAUUAAAGUUUAAUCUGUUAAUCUGUGCUGUGUUAGCUAUGUUAGAGUGUGGAGCAAUGCUGUGUUUAUUAAAGUUUAAUCUGUUAAUCUGUGCUAUGUUAGCUAUGUUAGAGUGUGGAGCAGUAGAUCUGAGCUUUUUAAAGUUGUCUGAAUUUUGGGCAGAUCUGCUGAAUUCCAUGUCUCUGAAUUGCUAUACAGAUUUAUUAUGAAACAGACAAACAGUUUAAUUGGAUUAGUAAUUCAGAGUUCUGCCGGUGGCGCCAAAUAAAUACAUGAUUGAUAGGAAAAUAGAUCUAAAUUAUGAUUUUAUUUACAGAACAAGGGAAAAGGAGGAGCAUCAAAACACAAUAACCAUAUAUUAUAUACUUCAUUAAUAUAUAAAUAUUUGAUUAUUUUACCCCACCAUCCCCCGCACCAUUGGUUACUUCUUCUCAAUUGAUCUGUAAAACAGUUCUGGGUUAGAGUUUGUUGCAGUGCUGGGUUAGAGUUUGUUGCAGUGCUGGGUUAGAGGUUGUUGCAGUGCUGGGUUAGAGUUUGUUACAGUGCUGGGUUAGAGUUUGUUGCAGUGCUGGGUUAGAGUUUGUUGCAGUGCUGGGUUAGAGUUUGUUGCAGUGCUGGGUUAGAGUUUGUUGCAGUGCUGGGUUAGAGUUUGUUGCAGUGCUGGGUUACAGUUUGUUGCAGUGCUGGGUUAGAGUUUGUUGCAGUGCUGGGUUAGAGUUUGUUGCAGUGCUGGGUUACAGUUUGUUGCAGUGCUGGGUUAGAGUUUGUUGCAGUGCUGGGUUACAGUUUGUUGCAGUGCUGGGUUAGAGUUUGUUGCAGUGCUGGGUUACAGUUUGUUGCAGUGCUGGGUUAGAGUUUGUUGCAGUGCUGGGUUAGAGUUUGUUGCAGUGCUGGGUUACAGUUUGUUGCAGUGCUGGGUUAGAGUUUGUUGCAGUGCUGGGUUACAGUUUGUUGCAGUGCUGGGUUAGAGUUUGUUGCAGUGCUGGGUUAGAGUUUGUUGCAGUGCUGGGUUAGAGUUUGUUGCAGUGCUGGGUUACAGUUUGUUGCAGUGCUGGGUUACAGUUUGUUGCAGUGCUGGGUUAGAGUUUGUUACAGUGCUGGGUUAGAGUUUGUUGCAGUGCUGGGUUAGAGUUUGUUACAGUGCUGGGUUAGAGUUUGUUGCAGUGCUGGGUUAGAGUUUGUUGCAGUGCUGGGUUAGAGUUUGUUGCAGAGCUGGGUUAGAGUUUGUUGCAGUGCUGGGUUACAGUUUGUUGCAGUGCUGGGUUAGAGUUUGUUGCAGUGCUGGGUUAGAGUUUGUUGCAGUGCUGGGUUACAGUUUGUUGCAGUGCUGGGUUAGAGUUUGUUGCAGUGCUGGGUUAGAGUUUGUUGCAGUGCUGGGUUAGAGUGUUUUUCAGCGCUAUGUUAGACUGUGUCACAGUAGUGUGUUAGAGUGCUGAGCAGUGCUAUAUUUCAGGGCUUUGCAGUGAUGUGUUAGAGUGUUUUCCAGUGCUAUGUUAUAGUAUUUUGCUAUGUUGGAGUGUUCUGCUAUGUUUUUUCCAGUGCUAUGUUUUACAGUUGUGUGUUAGAGUGCUGAGCUGUGUUAUAUUUCAGGGUUUUGCAGUGCUAUGUUUAAGUGUUUUCCAGUGCUAUGUUCCAGUGUUUUGCAGUGGUGUGUAAGAGUGCUGAGUAGUGCUGUAUUUCAGGGUUUGGCAGUGCUGUGUUAUAGUGUUUCCAGUGCUUUGUUAGAGUGUUUUGCUAUGCAGUGUUAAAAAAGUUCAUAUAUUUCUAGAAUUUGUGCUGAUUUUUUAUUACUUUUAUUUGCAAACACAAGCAUAACCCAUUGCAAUAUAUCACAAAACCAAAAUAAAAAAAUAUAAUUGUGGUAAAAAAACCAAAUAGAAAAUGCAGGAACAGAAGGUGACAAGGCUUGUGCUCUGUGUUGUAUUAUAGCAAUGUGUUACCCUGUAUUAGAGUGUUGUAUAGUAAUAAGGCAAUAUGUUGCACUAUAUUAGAGUGUUGUAUAGUAGUAAUGCAAUGUGCUGCACUGUAUUAGAGUGCUGUAUAGCAAUAAAGCAAUGUGUCGCACUAUAUUAGAGUGUUGUAUAGUAAUAAGGCAAUAUGUUGCACUAUAUUAGAGUGUUGUAUAGUAAUAAAGCAAUGUGCUGCACUGUAUUAGAGUGCUGUAUAGCAAUAAAGCAAUGUGUUGCACUAUAUUAGAGUGUUGUAUAGUAAUAAAGCAAUGUGUUGCACUGUAUUAGAGUGUUGUAUAGUAAUAUAGCAAUAUGUUGCACUGUAUUAGAGUGUUGUAUAGUAAUAAAGCAAUGUGCUGCACUGUAUUAGAGUGUUGUAUAGUAAUAAGGCAAUAUGUUGCACUAUAUUAGAGUGUUGUAUAGUAAUAAAGCAAUGUGCUGUACUGUAUUAGAGUGUUGUAUAGUAAUAAAGCAAUGUGCUGCACUGUAUUAGAGUGCUGUAUAGUAAUAUAGGUAUAGCAAUGUUCUGCACUGUAUUAGAGUGGUGUAUAGUAAUAAAGAAAUGUGUUGCACUGUAUUAGAGUGUGGUAUAGUAAUAAAGCAAUGUGUUGCACUGUAUUAGAGUGUUGUAUAGCAAUAAAACAAUGUGUUACACUGUAUCAGAGUGUUGUAUAGCAAUAAAGCAAUGUGUUGCACUGUAUUCGAGUGUUGUAUAGUAAUAGAGCAAUGUGUUGCACUGUAUUAGAGUGUCGUAUAGUAAUAUAGCAAUGUGUUACACUGUAUUAGAGUGUUGUAUAGUAAUAGAGCAAUGUGUUGCACUGUAUUAGAGUGUCGUAUAGUAAUAUAGCAAUGUGUUACACUGUAUUAGAGUGCUGUAUAGUAAUAAAGCAAUAUGUUGCACUGUAUUAUAGUGUUGUAUAGCAAUAAAGCAAUGUGUUGCACUGUAUUCGAGUGUUGUAUAGUAAUAGAGCAAUAUGUUGCACUGUAUUAGAGUGUUGUAUAGUAAUAAAGCAAUGUGUUACACUGUAUUAGAGUGUUGUAUAGUAAUAUAGCAAUGUGUUGCACUGUAUUAGAGUGUUGUAUAGUAAUAAAGCAAUGUGUUGCACUGUAUUAGAGUGUUGUAUAGUAAUAUAGCAAUGUGUUGCACUGUAUUAGAGUGUUGUAUAGUAAUAAAGCAAUGUGUUGCACUGUAUUAACACAGUAAAGGAGGAGACUAUACUAACAACCACAGCAAGAGGACAUAGUCUUAAAUUAGAAGGGGAAAGGUUUAAAAAAUAACAUUCGGAAGUAUUACUUUACUGAGAUUUUAGUGGAUACAUGGAAUAAGAAAACAAAAAAUAAAGUGUUCUGUGCCUUUAAGACCGAAAGCAAUUAAUGAAUAAAAGUGGAUAAUAUUCACAUAAAUGACAAAAAUAAAGUGCACUGUGCAUUUAAAACUAUAAAUCAAUUGCUGAAUAAUAUGAAUACCACAUAUAUGUGUAGUAGCAUAAGUGAAUUGUGCUAAUACAAAAAAACAAAAGUGUUACAGUGCACUAGUGAUAAAACCCCACUGAUAUGUGCAAAGUAGGGACAAAAAUGUUAAUACCUCACUUUUGAGAAAUUCUUGAAAUUGCUUCUGCCAGAACUUCAAUGCAAUUCUCAAAAUAAAAAACAAAAACAAAGCUCAUAGGGCAAUAUGCAUAAACAAUAGAUAUUGUGAAUAUAGAUCAUAAACACUCACAAGGGUAGAAAGUGGGCAUCCUGAGGUUUAGUGUGGAUUGGGCAGUGUUGCACGUGGUUGGUAGGUUCGAGCCCGUUGGUGGGUAUGGUGGUGUCUUGGUACACCCUACACUGGAACUGGAGGGUAGCGGUUUCUUGGUACACCCCUACAAUGGAUAUGGUGGGUAGCGGAGCUCUUGGUACACCCCUACAAUGGAUAUGGUGGGUAGCGGUGUCUUGGUACACCCUACAAUGUAUAUGGUGGGUAUCGGUGUCUUGGUACACCCUACACUGGAACUGGUGGGUAGCGGUGUCUUGGUACACCCCUACAAUGGAUAUGGUAGGUAGCGGUUUCUUGGUACACCCCUACAAUGGAUAUGGUGGGUAGCGGUGUCUCGGUACACCCCUACAAUUUAACCUGGUGGAAAUGUGGUCAUAUUGGGCGGCCAGUUUCUGUAUUAACAUGUUAUUUAGAUUGUUAUCUAUAGUUAUUAUUGUGGGGUCAUUGCUAGGGGUAUGUUAUGUAUAUGGGGGAUGUUAACUUUAAUAAGAUUUGUUGGCAAUGACCCCAUUUGUUAUUCCUUAAUUAUUUUAUUAAUAAUUUAAUAAAGCUGUGGACUAAUUAUUUCCAACAGUAUAACCUGUGUCCGUGUUUUAAUGGGGGUUUGGGUAAGGUUAGCACAUAUGCCGGCAAAAAUGACCUACCAAGCACGCAAUAAACCCUUCUGUAACAAACGAUUUAAUUCCCCUACUUUAACCCUUUGUGUCACAAUACCCCACUCUCUCUAGCAUGUAAGCUCAUCGAGCAGGGCCCUCAACCCCCUGACGUUAGAGUGUGAUGACGCGUUUCGCCGACAUGCUCGGCUUCAUCAGAUCCGCCCACUUGUCCAUCACAGUCUCAAUAUAAGGCAUAAAAAAGGGGCGUGGCUGCCCAAAAGGUCUGAGAAUUCUGCCUUGUGAUUGGUUAUCUUAACCAGGCAUAUUACCAUACAUAAUAGAUGUCAUUUCCUACUUGAAUCGAACUAAAAGGGGACUAUUCACUAAAAUGUUUACAAAUGCUCAGGAAAUACUGCAAUCACAUGCAAUUAAAUAAAUAAAUUUAAAAAACUGCACUUACACAGUAAGCUUAAAAGCUUAUCUCUCACUAGGAACAAUUGUAUAUUUGUACAAUGUACUAACUGAAAAUAUAUUCAAAUAUAAAUCACUUAUAAUAGUACCUACUUUAGUAGAAGGAAGAAAGGAAUAAAUUGGACAAAUUACAUGAAAUAUAUCUUAUAACCACAUCUGCAAUGCUCGUUUACAUGGUAUAGACUAGAAUAAGAAGUAUAGGGGAAAUUAUUUAAAAUAAUUAAAAUAAUUCUAAAAUAGGAAGAGAUAAAAAAAGAGAAAAAGGGGAAGGUGCAACAGAUUAUCCACCAACCUAUAAGAAACUAUCGGAUUAUUUUAUAAAAUUAUAAAACUGUGUAACACAUUUUAUAAAAAAAUUGUUUAAAAAAAUGUUUUUCUAUAAAAAAUAUAUAAUAUUUACUAAAAAAUUAAAAAGGUCAAAUUCUAUGUUAAGACCUUGUGGUUCUAAGGUUUUCAAUCUAUGAACCCACAUCAUUUCUUCUCUUCCUAUUUUAGAAAUAUGAUCUCCAUCCCUAUAUGAUUUUUUCACUACCUGAAUUCCUAAAAAAAAUUAAGCCCUUCGGAUCCAUAUUAUGCUUUGCUUUAAAAUGGGCGAGACACUAUGAUGAGUGACUUCCCUUAAAAUAUUAUUUAUAUGCUCUCAUAUUCUUUUGUGGAGUGGCCAUAUAGUACAGCCCACAUAUUGUUGUCCACAUGGGCAAAUUAACAAAUAUAUUACAUUCCUCGUAAAACAGGUAAUAAAAUCUUUAAUAUCAAAUUCAUUAUCACUAUACAUACUUUAUUUAUUUAUACCUUUUAGGGUCCUAUUUUUACUAUACUUACAUCCUGUAGACUGACCACAGGAGUAAAAGCCUUUUCUAUCAUUCAUAAAAUGUUUUUGUACUUUCCUCUCCAGAUGUUUAUGUGUUAAAAUUAAAUUAAAAUUAGGAGCAUCCCUAAAAGUUAUAAAAGGUUUAGGUGGUAAAAUUUUAGCCAAUUCUGUAUCUUCCUUUAAUAAAUACCAAUGCUUAUUAAUUAUCUUUUUUAUAUCUUUAUGUGCAAUAUUAAAAUCAAAUACUAAUGGUACAUUAUUAAGAUUUUUAUUGUCAACAUCCAAAAAUUAUUUUCUUUCUAUAAGUUCGUCUUGUGUAAGUUUAACCGUAUCUUCAUAUGCGUCAGAAACGAAAUAUUCAGGAUAUUUUUUUAUCUAAAAACCGACCUUUUAAAAGUUGCGCCUGUUGCUUAAAAACCUCCGUGUCAGUGCAAUUUCUUCUUAUACGUCUGAGUUGACCCUUGGGGAUAUUAUUAAACCAUGGGGUAUAAUGUCCACUAUUGUAUAAAUGGAAUAGCCUUCCAGAUGAAGUGGUAGAGGUUAACACAGUAAAGGAGUUUAAGCAUGCGUGGGAUAGGCAUAAGGCUAUCCUUACUAUAAGAUAAGGCCAGGGACUAAUGAAAGUAUUUAGAAAAUUGGGCAGACUGGAUGGGCCGAAUGGUUCUUAUCUGCCGUCAUUCUAUGUUUCUAUGGCUAUACUGUAUAUCGGAGAAUCCCUGUAUCAGAAUCUCAAUAUAUCAGAGUAUAUACAUAUGUAUGUUUUCGGAAUAUUCCUAUUUCAAUAGUUUGUCUUCUCUAACAAAUCUCUGCUCUCUGUGUCUCAGGGAAUCCCCGGUGGAUUGCAGUAUUAACAAGUGCAGCAAAUUAAUUGGUGGCUCAGAGAACAAUGCAAUGACGUACAACAGCUACAUGGACGAAAAAAAUACCCCUCCUCCAAACAUGACCACAAACGAGAGGAGAGUUAUCGUGCCAGCAGGUAAACUGAGACAUGUCCUCUUUACCAGCUUCAAUUUACCACAUUGCAGUUAACGAAGAUCUAUAAAAACAUUUCUAAUGGUCGACAUUCAAUAACUCCUGGAUCUUUAGGAAUUCAUCAAAAAUAGUUUUGCUGUAAACAUAUUUUUUCUCUAUUCUGUUAUUUUGGCAUAGAAUUUGCAACUCUUUUGGUGAAUUCCAGGCAAAUUCCAAUUUAUGGAUUAAUCAUUGAGUCCAUUCAUUAAAUUGACAGUUGUUAGAAAUUGACAAAGAAAUUACAAACGUUAUGUUGAAAUUACCAAACUGGCAAAAUAUCUGAGUAUUUUUCCAAUUCCACUAUCUUAGCCUAAAAUGUACAUGUCAUGCAGGGACAUCAAGGCAUAGCCUGGCAUGCAAUGUAAAUUUCCUGGUAUUCCCAGGUGUUCACAUCAGAACACUCAGGCAUUUUAUACUAAGGUCCAGAGCUUACUUCACCCUCAAAAACACUUCAGUAAAAUUAAUUGCUUGAGAGAAAAUAGAACCUGCCCUAUCUGUCCCCAAGGUGACGAUUCCCACCUCAUGUUUAGUAACUAUUUUUUUUUUUCCAUAUAUUUGAUAAGCAUUUGGCUAAAUAAAUGUAUAGGUUACAAGGCCACCCAUGUUCUCACAUGUAGAGUGUUUUGUUUUUUUAGAAAAUUAUUGGAAUUGAAGGGUUUAAUAACAAAUAUCAAUUUCUUGUUAUUUUUAACAAUUUUCCAAGUGCAUCUUUCUGUUUGGCUGCUUAUUAUAUAAUUUGUUUUUAAUAUUUGCAACUUGUUUUUAAAUGUUCCACUAAAACCCACCUUUUGAAGUAGCAACCCAAUCAAUGCCUUUCAAAGUAAGGUGGAUUUAAAUCAAUUAAAUACAUUUUUAAAAGUUCACUCUAAGCAGAUAUCAAUUAGAACCUGCUGUUGUGGUUAUGGUGUCAGCAUGCACCUGACAGUCUUCAAGCAGUUUGACACAAACAAAGGUUCCCCCAGGCGUCUGUGGCCGGCUGCUUGCUUGGGAUAUUGCCAGUCCAUAAGUUACAAUUAUACAUUAUCGAUAUCCAGUGCAUCAGUCAGACUGCAGUUGAGAGCACCAGCUGAUGGACACACUUGUUUUUUGAUGAUCAGCCUAGAUUUUCUAAUGAUUUUCGGAACAAAUUUAGCAAUAUGAUCUUAUCGCUGAUGUGGCUACAGCUAAAUCCAGAACGCAACCAAAUGUUUUCACUAAUGGGGUUUAUCCACAAUAAUAAGCAGUUUUUUUUGUUUUUUUUUGUUUUUUGUGGCUAGAUCCUACCUUGUGGACUCAGGACCAUGUUCGUCAGUGGCUGGAAUGGGCUAUCAAGGAAUAUGGACUUAUGGACAUUGAUUGUAAUCUCUUUCACAACACCGAUGGCAAAGAAUUGUGUAAAAUGGGCAAAGACGAUUUUCUUCGGAGCACGUCCCUAUAUAACACAGAAGUUCUCCUGUCUCAUCUCAGCUACCUCAGGGAAAGUAAGUGUCCUAUUAAUGAGUCAUGCUAGAACUUGCCCCAAGUGGAGUCCUAGCCUAAACUCUACAACUUGCCCAACUCUCCCAGAUCCAACACAAUAAACUGGUAAUGCAACAGAAAGUAAAUUCUUAAUGGUUAUUAGACUUGUGCAUUCAUUUAAGGCCGAAUUGCAAUUCUACUGAAUUUAGGUAGACAAAUUCAGGUCGUCUGAAUUCUAUAACUGAAUAAAUAUGGACAUAUAGCUUUCGUCCAUAAAAAAAAGUGAUUAUUCAUGAAAAAAAUAAUAAUUGGUGGCUGUGGACAGUCACUAAAUGUUUAUUCUAUACACAGAUCAAGUGAGAAGUGAGCAAUACAGGGGAAACGGGGGAGGAGUAAAAAAAUAUAUAUUCAUAUGUUAUAUAGUUAAUAAACAUAUUAUAUAUAAAUAUAUAUUUUACUCUUCCUCCUCUACUUGACUACAUUGGUUACCUCUUUUCACUUUAUGUGUCAACCAUACGUCAGGAAUAUUCAUCUAUAAGUGCAUUGACUCAUUGGUUCAUCCAAGUCAUUUCCCCUAAUAUAUUGUAUGGACCAUAUUCGGACUAAACAAACCAUUAAAUCGAUUACUUUUGAAAUACCCAACUACAUUUAAUGCAUUAAUUCUUCCACCAUACACAAGUCUAGCAGUUGCAUUAUAGAUGUAAUCUCAUAUACUUAUUCAAAGCAAAUUCAAAGCAAAAUUCAAACUUGAACCUUUAAUAACUUUUGGCUAUAUUCAAUUACAAUUUGAAGUUUGUGACAAUUUGCACGUUAGUGAAUAACCAUGAAAUAUAAUUUUGCACCAUCCUUUAUUUAACGUUGUGUAAAGAUUAGUAACUAUAUGCAGAUGAGGGGUGUUUAGAAAGGGAGACACUCAUACAGAAGGAAUUAGAGAGAGUCUGGCCUGUGAGCUUGCAAUCCAAAGGUGAUGAUAGAAGGGGGAUACAAUGUAAAAGGAAGAAUUUGAUGUGGAUGUUUGAGAAUUUAAGUGUGAUCAUUUAUAUUCUAUUUUAAGGAGUUUCAGAAUGGUGCUCCAAGUCAAACCUAAGCUAGGUGAAUUACUGGUUAAUACAGAAGGAAGUUUGGGUUCAGGGUGCAGCAUCAUUAGUAAGGAUAAAAAGGGAAGGCAUCACUCUUCCCAGCGGGUAAAAUAUCUGUAACUGUGGUAAGAGUAGAUGAUGGUUAUAAUGAGCCUGGAUAUAAUGUGUUUUUAUUUCUGAACGACCCUUCUAUACCAUAGAAUGUCUGGAAUAGGAAGUGUCUAUACUAAUCAGUACUAGAUGUGCCGCUGAGUUUUUACAAUUGGUAACAUUUUAUUUUUGGGUCCCAUAAUUUUUGAAAGUCACACUAAGCAAAUAUUUUAAUACUAUAUAAAGUACAACCACUCAAAAAAUGGACUGAAGAAUUGCCGUGUUUUACAAGACGACGACUCCUUGUACACUGCUGCAUAAAAUGUCCUGAAAUGCUCAGUUCCUGUAAUGAUCAAAGGGUUCCACUCAUUGGGUGCACUGCUUGUGUCAAUGUUUUGGGGUUUUCAAAUCUUGGUCUAUUUUUUAUGAAAAUAUCUCCUUUAGUAUCACGUUGUAAAAUGCAUGAACGCAACAACAACAAAAAAGGACUUUUCCACAUCUUCUCCAUCAGAGCCCCAACUCAGCGUGAAAUAGAAACCCAAUCCUUCUAAAGUCUCUGUAAUGUCUCCAUCAAAAAGCACAGUAGGGGUCAGAGCAAGAAAAAUGGGUACAGUUCACUUUUUAUCACACCUCCAUCACUGGCCACUGGACAGGGAAACAAACUUGCUCUUGUUCUAAAUUUACAUGGCUUUCUCCAGUUCGUUUCCUUUACCUCGUCGUUCUAGUUACCUGAAGCCAACUUAGCCCCCACAGUUAGUGAAUUUGCAGAUUUCUGUCCCACACAAUGAGAACAGGAAAUCACUCUGUCCUUUUCCCUUUACCAAAUUUAAAGCAGACAUCUGCAUGCCAUGUGUAUAGGCCCAACGAAGCUUACACACUACACUGCCACUAGCAACCUCUGACCUGCAUCCCACCGGGUCAUCGAGUAUCGGGCAACAGAAUGCCUCUUGGCAUUUAUUAGUGAAUUAACCCUUUUAGAAUAAUACUGCAUUUGUGAGAUCUCUGAGAGUAUUUGUGGUGUGUUUCAGUCUGGAAUAUAUUAAGUCACUGAUUGACAUUUUAUUUUUCCAGCUCACAGCUCACAGGGGUUUAACCACAUGCAUUGGGUUAAGUGGUACUUUGACUAAUAGUCCACACUAUGAAGUGGUAGGGCCAGGUUGGGUCUCACUUGUAUUAACAGGAUAGUAAUGCAUCGUAGUCUUUACAAAAAAAUGCACACUUAGAGGAUGGAAUGUUCUGGGAUAGAAUGUUCUGUCUUUAUUUCAUUCCUUCAGAUAAUAGUCAUUUCAUGUCAGUCUGGGGGAACCCAUCACUUAAUUCUCACUUUUACAUGUUUCCUGAUAGGUAAACACCUGACAGCCAAUCAGAAUGCAGCUUGGGUUUAAUCGCUUCUCUGUUUGUGAGUCUCUGUAAAUCUUACGGCAGAUUUUCCCUGAAAUACACGGAUUGUCGGUGAAGUAAAAUGCCGUUAGAUAUAGAGAGACAAUUCAUAUCAAACCAAUUAUUAUAAAGCAUUUGGUGAAUGAGCUAUGCCCUAUGCUGCACUAAUGAGGAUCCUUUUAACAUAAAUAGCACUGCACAAUAUGGUGGCACUAUAAAAAUAAUUGGGUAUAAACCCUGAUGUCUUGUUACCAUGUGGUUGUCAUACUGUCAUUGAACUGUCUCCCAAAGUAGUAUAACUUAAUGCUCAAACAUAAUUUACAUUCCUUGAUACAGGAAUAAUUGUUUUUAAAUUCAAGCAGCAUUUGGAAAGUAAAGAAGAGUGGAGAACAAAUUUCAGUUACUCAGAUUCUGCUUAACUCAUGUAGUGAGAGACCUUCAUUAUCAUUAACAAAUGAGAGUUUUACCAGUAAAGAGUACAGGAACCCAAGAGAGUGCAAGCUGCAAUCAAACUAUGUACCUAGCAUCAAGAAAAUGCAUGUACUCAGCACAGAGAGAAUAUAAACAAUGUCCCCAGCUCAGAGUAUGCACCCAGCACUGACAGAAUGUCCCCAGCUCAGAGUAUGUACCCAGCACUGUCAGAAUGUCCCCUGCUCAAAGUAUGUACCCAGCAGUGACAGAAUGUCCCCAGCUCAGAGUAUGCACCCAGCACUGACAGAAUGUCCCCAGCUCAGAGUAUGUACCCAGCACAGACACAAUGUCCCCAGCCCCGAGAGUAUGUACCCAGCACAGACAGAAUGUCCCCAGCUCAGAGUAUGUACCCAGCACUGACAGAAUGUCCCCAGCCCCGAGAGUAUGUACCCAGCACUGACAGAAUGUCCCCAGCUCAGAGUAUGCACCCAGCACAGACAGAAUGUCCCCAGCCCGGAGAGCAUGUUCCCAGCACUGACAGAAUGUCCCCAGCUCAGAGUAUGUACCCAGCACAGACAGAAUGUCCCCAGCCCGGAGAGCAUGUUCCCAGCACUGACAGAAUGUACCCAGCUCAGAGUAUGCACCCAGCACUGACAGAAUGUCCCCAGCCCUGAGAGUAUGUACCCAGCACUGACAGAAUGUCCCCAGCUCAGAGUAUGUACCCAGCACUGACAGAAUGUCCCCAGCCCCGAGAGUAUGUACCCAGCACUGACAGAAUGUCCCCAGCCCAGAGUAUGCACCCAGCACAGACAGAAUGUCCCCAGCCCGGAGAGCAUGUUCCCAGCACUGACAGAAUGUACCCAGCUCAGAGUAUGCACCCAGCACUGACAGAAUGUCCCCAGCCCCGAGAGUAUGUACCCAGCACUGACAGAAUGUCCCCAGCUAAGAGUAUGUACCCAGCACUGACAGAAUGUCCCCAGCUCAGAGUAUGUACCCAGCACUGACAGAAUGUCCCCAGCUCAGAGUAUGUACCCAGCACUGGCAGAAUGUCCCCAGCUCAGAGUAUGUACCCAGCACAGACAGAAUGUCCCCAGCCCCGAGAGUAUGUUCCCAGCACUGACAGAAUGUACCCAGCUCAGAGUAUGUACCCAGCACUGACAGAAUGUACCCAGCUCAGAGUAUGUACCCAGCACUGACAGAAUGUCCCCAGCUAAGUGUAUGUACCCAACACUGACAGAAUGUCCCCAACUCAGAGUAUGUACCCAGCACUGACAGAAUGUCCCCAGCCUGAGAAUAUGUACCCAGCACAGACAGAAUGUCCCCAGCUCAGAGUAUGUACCCAGCACUGACAGAAUGUCCCUAGCUCAAGUAUGUACCCAGCACUGACAGAAUGUCCCUACCAAAGUAUGUACCCAACACUGACAGAAUGUCCCCAGCACUGAUAAUAUGUACCCAGCACAGACAGAAUGUCCCCAGCUCAGAGUAUGUACCCAGCAGUGACAGAAUGUCCCUAGCUCAGAGUAUGUACCCAGCACUGACAGAAUAUCCCCAGCUCAGAGUAUGUACCCAGCACUGACAGAAUAUCCCCAGCUCAGAGUAUGUACCCAGCACUGGCAGAAUGUCCCCAACUCGGUGAGUAUGUACCCAGCACAGACAGAAUGUCCCCAGCACUGACAGAAUGUCCCCAGCUCAGAGUAUGUACCCAGCACUGACAGAAUGUCCCCAGCUCAGAGUAUGUACCCAGCACAGACAGAAUGUCCCCAACUCAGUGAGUAUGUACCCAUCUAAGAGCACAUGUACUCAGCUUAGACCAACUGUAACCAAAAGUGAGAACUACAUUAAUUUGGGUUUAAUUUUCCGACAGGCAGCUCGUCAUUGAGUUAUCCCGCAACGUCACACACAGACCAGACUUCUCGAAUACCCACGAAAGAGGGUAAAUAUGAAUUCUCUUUAUAAUUUGAUCUUUUUGAGAAAACCUGAUCAAAGAUUUGAUGUGAUUGUUAAUAAACUAGCUAUUUCUGUGAUUAAAAUUAUGAAUAAUUGGGUCAUGUUUGUUUUUGAGUUCAGAUGUGUUUAUAGCGAGUUUACAAAAACCACGUCUGCAAAAAAAGACUUUAAAGUCCCAUUACGCUAAUAACAUAACUACACAAUUAAACAAAAUGUGAUUGGAACUCAACAGCAAAAUAUGAUUGGAACUCAACAGCAAAAUGGGAGAAGAAAAUAUUAAAACAUCAUUAUAUAUUGGGGACAGAGAUUCCCUUUAGUGACUUUUUUUAAAACACAUUUUUUUUUUAAAUCUGCUGUAAAACGCAUGUCGUGUAAUGUUGUUUGUCUUUUGUUUCUUUGCUGGAACCUCGUAAGCCCAGAUAGAAACGUGAAUACUUAUCUUCUCUCAGCUACAUUUUUUAGCUAGAUGCUGACUUUGUUACAUAAUAAAUAUUUUGGUUACCCUUAUCGUUCUCUGAUUGGAGGUCCCAGUGAUUGUUAGUAUUGGAUUCCAAGUAUUCUUGUUUAAUGUGAUACAAUAAACAUGUGCUCCAUCUAAUGUCCAUAUCGCACAACUGUGAGAUAACACAAUGGAGUGGAAAUCUGGCCAGGCAACAUAGAGAUUAGUGCAAUUACUCUGCACAGUGUAACUUCUCUUAUACAUAGUGCUACAUUCUAACAUCCUACGGUUUGUAAGAAUUUGACAAAUCUAGAAUGUGCGUCUUAAACUGCUCCCUGUCCAUUGUAUGAGCACUGAUUAGUAAUCAAAGUGCUGGGAGUGACAUAUAGCACAAGCCAAUAUUUCAAACGGACAGAAAGUAGCACUUUUAUUUUUGGGGGUGAGGUUGGGAGUGUAACCUGUAAUUGAUAUAUGAUUAAAAAAUGCACAAGAAACUUUGUACCUUCCUUAGAGUGAAACCAAUGGUGGGCCGAGAUUGUCAGCUGAUUCUCUUAGCCUAUGAAUGGAGCCCAAUCUGAGGCUUCCACAUGAAGGAUAGAGACACAGGGACCUGCAGGAUGGGUCCAUUUGGGUUAAACCAUUUAACAUUUCAAGGAACACUAUAGCAUUAGGAAUAAAAAAAACUGUAUUUCUACUGCUUUACUGUCCCUAUGCCUCUGCCUCCCCCCUCCCCCUUCCAGCCAGGUGUUUAAAGGGUUUAAGACCCUUUUUUCACUUACCUCUUUCCAGCAGCAAGGGACCUCGGCGCUGGAUCCAUCUCCUCCCCCAGCGACAUCACACAUUAGACCUUCCCCAUAGGAAAGAAUUGAAUCAGGGCCUUUUUAUUGAGAUUUUCAAUAAGCUAGGGAUUCUUGUGUAGAGAAAAUAUAUCUAAAAUGUUACUUCAAGGACUGGAUUAAUAUCCAAUAUAAUGACAAACGCUGUGCUAGUGUCAGAUAUGACACAAUAUUAUGACCUAAUUAUAUCACACUUGUUUACAAACUCCUGGUUUGCCACAUAUUAUUAUAUUGUUAACCACAACUCCCAUAAUUCUUGACCAUAAAUGUUGGUUUUGGUUCAUAUAGCCUCUGUGGAUAAGCAGUAGCCAGAAAGAGACUAGCAGAUCAUCACAAUUCCCUCUUACAGCAGGUUAGCCUAGAGGGCGACUGAUUCUUGGCAUAUUCUCGGCUGAUGGGCGCUAGAUACACGAAGAAUAUAAUUAAUACGUGAAUACUUAAUUUAUAGUUAUUUACAGGCUGCGAUGGGCACUUACACUAUGAAAGGUGUAUUAUAUAAAGCCUUAAUGUACAAAGCCCUGAACACUGACUGCCGAGAAACAGAUGUUGUAAAAAUAAAUCACGAAUGUAGAAAUAACUAAUACCAUGUUAAUACAUUAUAAUACAUUAGCAAUAUUUAUUUAUUUAGUUGUUAUAUAUUGAUGUUAUCCAGAGUGUUUUAGAUAAUGUAGCAAUUAAUCAUAGGCAGGGUUACAGUCAUUAGACAUACAGGUUCAGAGGCAGGACAAAGCCUUGUCCAUGAGUUUUACAUCAGUAGCAGCUUUAAAACAAGUGAUAGAACGACACCCCGUAAGCUUACAAUCUACAGGGGUAAUGUGCACCGAAAGGCAGCAGGGAAGAUAACUAAGAAUGUGCGGGGCAUCACGGUGAAGAAUCUCAGAUUUGAGUAAUUGCAGAAAAUACAAUUUAUAAACUGACUUUAUAAUAAUGUGUACAAUUGAUGAAUAAUUUCACUGCUAGACGGUGUUUAAAUCGUCUAGCAGUGAAACCUAUAGCCUCUUUUAAACACUGAUAGAAUUUGAUGUCAUCAUAAUGUAGUCCGAAUAGAUAGUGUGUAGGCAUAUCUAAUCAAAGGCUAUUUAGGGACCAGAUAGAUCUGACAACAGAAGCUGUCACUGGCUUUAAAUUAAUGCCAGAAUGUUUUUAUUAUAAUAGGGAUAGUAGAUUUGUAGACACCAGGCUAUGGGUUCUUGUAAAGAUAAUAUCUAUGUUUGUGGCCAUUUGCAAUAAACUCCUUAAAUAAUCGCUAAUCUCAGAUAUAAAUGAGGAAUUUAUUUGCUAAACUGGGAAUUAUGGACACUAGACGAAAGGGUUGCAGAUUCUAGCUGAGCAGAACAUAGAGCUGAAUUAUCAAUUUAUUCAGUUCAACUGCAUUUUACUUAAAUUAGUAAAUUUACCCAUGUCCUUUCUCUACAAUUCCCGUAUUUAUUGAACGAACGCCAGUUAUGAUCCAUAGUGUAUGUAACUGGCAUAGGAACGGGUUAAAUCAGUUCCCUUUUUUUAGGUCAGCUUGGGAGCUAUUAAGAGCUGGGGAUGUGGCCCUUUAUUCGGAUAUGCUAAAUCACACUCUGGCGCUGCAGGUGCGUCCUUUGUUCUACACAUAAUGGGCUCAUGAAGUGCAGUGGAUCAGCCUCCCCCUACCUGGGAACGCAGGCUGACACCGCUUGAUGCAAGGUGCAUUAACAAGAUAAAAGCGAAUCAUUCAGCCCUCUCUAUAAUGCUUUGAUGGCCGGCAACAUAAAGGUUCCUUUAAAGCAUUCUCAUUCAGCGCAAAAUGCCCUCUUACAUUCACUCAGAGCAGCCGCUACAUUGUCCCCCCUAUUCUGCAGGGAUACUUCUCCUCUCAGACCUGCCAUCUUUACAUUCUACUCACUAAGCACAGAAUUGUAAUGAAUUGAAAUCCAAAUUGCAAAAUUUGGAGAAAAGAAAAAACUGAUUUGGAAAAAUUGUCCCAGCUUAUGUAAUGUCGCACAUUAAUGUGUGUAUUUAAUCUAAAUGUUACACAAUUUUCAGUUCAUUAAAAUGCAGAGCUUACAAGAUAACCUUGAACAUGUGAAUUAAAGAAACACGCUGAGAACAAAUGCACAUUUUAUUAUCGGUUGCUUAGAUUCUUGACCCUUUCCCUAUGAGAUGCAUUAGUGGCGUUCGGCGAUAUCAGCCAGGGAUCUUGAAAAAGACGUAGAUUUUGAAUGAGGAAGUGCCUCUCGAGGCUGUGUGUCUGAGGCGUGUUUAUUGCUAAAUGUAAACUGUGCACCAAGGUCAGUGCACCAAAACCACUUCAUUAAGACAUAGUGGAUUUGGUGCUUAGAGGGUCCCUGUGUAUUUUGGUUCUAGGCUGCCGUUCUGGGAGGGACCAGUCUGAUAUGCUAGUGGUGUAGAUUGAUUUAAUCAGAUGGGAAUGUGAAUUUAGCUUGGUAUGUCCUCCAUAGGGUCAGUGACGACUACACCCUUUGUCUUGCUCAUAUAAACAUGUUUAUCUAUAUUAUAUAUUUGCUAACACUAUAUUGAUGAUUACGCAAUGGAUUACUUCAUGACAGCUGCUUUGAAAAAAGGGAAGUUACCAAGCGUUUCUUAAUAUGUAGUAAGUCCUAUACAGUAUGUAUUAACCCCGUCCAUCCCAAUCCUGUCCAGAAAUGCACUAACUUUCAUUCAUUGUAUAUAUAGUCACACCUACUGCGACUGUGCAAUUUUUCCCUCAGUGUCACACUCUGCCUGAAAUAUUCAGAGAUAAGAGGAUACUGUAAAUAGUUAAACCACUUUAUCCCUGACUGAUGUCAAUUCUUUGCAAAAUUUGCGUUUGCCGCCAGCACGCACAGCAUGCUAGCACCAGGCAGCCAAUAAUGUCCUUGUCCUUCUGCCCAUCCAUCCUGAGCUCCCUCCGCCUCCAGCGAGAGCAAAUCGCGUCAGGCAGGGAGGAGCAUGCUGCAUGGAGGGGGGCAGACCAACCGAGAAAGGCUUACUCUAGCAAAAACCAGUGUUCCUUGGAAACAAUGUUUAUUUGUUUGGAGUAACCCUUUAAUUAUUUUGUUUUGUUUUAGGUAUAUCGGAGCAGCAGUCUGCUCUCUGAUAAAAUUGUAAUAUUAUUGGACAGAACAGCACUCUGUAAGGACAGGGUUAAAGUCUGGAGGCUCAUGCUGCUUAAUUUAGUGUCCUCUAGUAAAAAUAAUAAUAGACGGAGAAGCAGCAAACCCUGCACAAAAUCAUAGUUUUGACACUUAGGUAAAAAGGGAACUUUUCAUUUCAAAUCUCAAAGGACUAAACAUUGAUAUUUAAUCAAAUGGGGAUUGUCUGAUUUGUUUGUUGAAUGUAAAGUCGUUUGCACAGAACCCUCUUCACUUAAUGUUCCCGUAUGUCAGUUAACAAGAUGGUGAAUACGUUUACAAAUAUCAAACUAUCAGUACUAUAUGUACUAAACUGGGAAUUAUCAGGAAUUAAUCAGGAUAUUUCACAGUUUAGGCCAGACGUCUCGAGCUGAAAACGAAACUGAGUUGAGCUACUUUGAUGUAUAAUUUGUCGGGCCGCAGGUUGGACAGGCCUUCUCUAGUGAAUUCUUUACAGUCUCUGUGUCUGUCUGUCUGCAGCCUGUCUCUCAGGACUGUCUGAGGUCAAUAUGCCGGAGAAGGGGAAUUUUUUUUUAAAAGCUGACUUUAUGGGUUGUUAUUUUAGUGAAUAUAGUCAAUUUAUUGCCAAUUUUAAACUCCGAGCCUCCUUCUGGUUUUCUUUAAACUGUGAAAUAACAAGGAUUCAUUUUCCAUAAGUAAUAUUAACAUUUCCUCCUACUGUGCUCAGAGCAGCUGUAAUAUAGUAUAUAAUACUACGGAAGCAGACACAGCUCGCGCAGACUAUAUACAGUGUAAUCCCUGUAAAGGAAUGGGUUGGAUCAGUGUGGGUGUGUGCGUGUGAGUGUGUGUGCGUGUGAGUGUGUGUGUUUGUGUGUCACUAAGCUGGAAAAGGUUGAGGUGAUUUCAAAUAAACUCAAAUGUUAUUUUCAUCCAGGAAAAGCCCACACACAAUACUCAUAUUGGCAUUGGGCGCACACUUUAUUUACAUUUUAUUCUGCCUGUUCUGUUUCUAUCAAUAUCCUACAUUUGUGACUGCGCCAUUUACUAGAGGGUGGAGUCAUUAAUUUUUACAGGUUGAUUUGUCACCUCUGUAUCCACAUCAAAAAAUAAAGAGAAUUACAUUUGCGACCAAGAAACUGAAACAUUCCGUUGUUGUAAAACAGACAGCAGAUACGUGUUUCCAUACUUAUAGAGAGAGACGAUAGAUGGAAAGUCUGUCGGAUUUAUUCACUAAAUCAGGCACUGUGGAAAAUCGAUAUGGGAAUUGCAAAUUGUAGGCCUGUUCUCCAAGACAGUUUGGUGUAUAACCUGAAGAUAUAUCUCUAUAUAGAUUUAUUGAAAUAAUAGCCGCUGUCGGCAAUUCGUUCUUGGACAAAUUGAAAAAUGAACAAAACAUUUGUUUGGCGCCAUUUCUUCAUUCAUUGAGCAACUGCUACCAUUCUGAGCGAAUGAAUAUUAUGCUAACAAAUUUUGGCCAAACGAACUAAACCAAAAAGAUAUUUUUUUUCCAUGCACAUAUCUAAUUGUUAAUAGUUUAUAAUGACACAUACAACAUGAAUUAAGUAGACAAAGUUCUAUGAUAUUGUCAGUGUUUUAUUCUAGAGUAUACAAUGUAGAGGUGUGACAGUACCCAUUUAAAGCUAAACUUCAAAUUUUGGAAAGGGACACCAGUAUUGACUGUGGAGUUUCAGCCACUCCCUUGUCAAAGUUUAGUGCAAAAGGUGAAAUACCUUCACCGUCAGAGAUUAAGAAAUGUCAAAACUUUGAGAUGAGUCAUGUCAAAAUGAUCUGUAACUUCCAAAACUGAAAAAUAGAAAAUUAAGCAAUAAUUUGCAUAAAAAUAGGGCAUGUAAUGCCAAAUCUGAGAGACCCCGUUUUUGAGUUCCUCAUUCUUCCAGGAGAGAAUAAGCUGGUAGAAUAUCCAUUGCCUAGCUGAUAUGGGGUACAAUGGUACCAUAUAAUGGCGGUACAGUAAUUUGAAUUGACUGACUUGUAUUUUUAAUGGACUCUCUUUGCUGACUGUUAAUGGGGUAAUCAUUGCAAACCUUAUAAAAGGAGGAAUUAGCCAGGAAGUUGUGAGGACGACGGGCAGGUGAACGGGUCUAUAAAGCUUUCUCACGUUGCGAUAAUGAUAUCAUACGGGUAUGACAUCAUGUGAUGCAAUUUGUCAUAUCUGGGUGAUGUCAUUGACUGAUGGAAUGGUCGCAUUAAACCAGUCAAAUCAUGGCACCGAGGAAAAAUCUGUGAACUCAGGGAUUGACCCAAAACAAAGUAAUUAUGUGUCAUUACUGGUCAACCUAAGGAAUACACAGCACACGUUUCUAUAGGGCAAGGGUUCUCAACCCAGUCCACAAGGACCCCCUACCAGUCCAGGAUUUAUGGAUUACCUGGGUGUGUCUAAGGUGUUUUUAUUUUAUUUUUCUAAACACCUUAGACACAACCAGGUAAUCCCUAAAUCCGGGACUCGUAGGGGGUCCUUGAAGACUGGGUUAAGAACCCCUGCUAUAGGGGGAAAUAGCCGAGAAAAGGCUGACUGUAAAACAUUUAAUUUUUCAUUUUUUUAUCAUCAUGCCAACGUUGAAAUAGAAAUAUAUAUAUAUAUUUAUUUCUGAAGGUGAUGGGAAGAGAACUGGACCUUAUUAAAUGCAUUUUGUAAAAUAAUACGUUUGAUUGUUGUGUUUUUAGGCAAUUCCCUUGUUUUCGGGAAGAAUCCUAGCCACUCAGUCUUCCUUGACUUUCUUUCUUCAUAUAUUUUUAGAUUAAGUCUUUUCAGUGUGUCAGGUACAACCAUCACACUCCCACUGUUUAGAGGAAAAUGUCACAAUGGGGUAGUUUUAAGACCAGCUAACAAAUGUAGCUUUAUUUGUAUUUUUUAAUGCAUAGCUCCAUUUUACAUUUUUAUUUUGAUUAUUAAAACUACUCUAUGACUUCACAACUGUAUUUCAACUCUUCAGAAAAUCAAUUAGGGCAAAUAAAUUUUUUUACGACAAUCUUCUGAUACAUUGAAAUCACUCAAAGGGACACCAGAGGCACCCAGACCACGUCCUCUCAUUGAGGUGACCUUAUAUUUGAAGUUCACUUUCAGUGUUAUUUACUAACGUGAGAACUGAUGGGAAUUCAAAGUGAAUUCCAGGAUUUAGAGAAAAUUAGCCAAAUUAGAAAGAUCAGUCUCCAAGUCAAUUCUGUUUUCAGUUUGUCUAUUUUGGCUUUGACUUUGAAGUUCACUGUGAAUUCCCUUUAGUAAAUAGUCCUGUUGCUGUCAGUGUGUUUUUAAAGACUGUUACACUAUGUAGGUCUAUCGCAUUUUACCAGUAUCACUUUGUUCGAUAUCCCUACUUUUUUCGUCUGUAUUUCUCUCUUUUUUAAUUGUUUUCCUUUGAAAUUCCACAGCACAUAUUUUGUCUUAUCCUUCCCUCUGACCCACCUCGGUGGUUGGCCACUGUGUUUUUUCACGGGAAGUAGAAACAAAGACCGGUUGUGUUAAAGUUGGGGGGAGGCAGGAAACUGAACUCACAUGGGACCCUCCUAACUCCAGCCUGCCCCUGAGUCCGACUCCAGCUUGUGGAAUUAAACCUGACAGCCUGUCUGGGACACAUUCUAAGUAAUGGCGAUUUAACUAUCCCUCUCUCUAGGUAAAAAGAACCGGUAGUUCCUAAAACUGACAAAAACAGAAAACGACUUGUUUUAAGAAAGGUUUAUACUCUUGUUUCUUCAUGAAGGUCUGUAAAAAUAAGAAGAAAAUAUUCCAUAUAAAACUUUUACAAUACAAUGAGAGAAAAAAUAGUGAGCUUUCUGGGUAUGAGGAGAACGCAACAUCCGGAAGAUCAGGGACGUAAGCACAAAUGACUCAAAAUAAAAUAAAAAAGGUAUACUUAAAAAAAAAUAAAAAAAUUUAACAGAAUUUGCUACUUUCUUAAUGUAAGAAAUUAGAUUGUUCAGCUCCAACCACCCACAAAUGUACAAUUAGCACAAGCUCUGUUUCAAUGUUAUUUGUAUAUCUCUGAUUGGUGCACAGGGAGGCACAGAAAAAACAUAUUUUAUUACUUUCUUUUUUUGUAAGAGCUUUUUAUUUUAAUUUUGCAAAUGCCUUUAAAAAAAAAUAACAAUUGAUUUCACGAGUUCAUGAUGUAUUCCCCAUAUACGGUUUUUAUUCUGCAAAUAAAAUACAUUUUAAUAUAUAAAAAAAACUAUUGAUUUUUUAUUUUAAAUUAAGCCAUUUUUUACGAACAUAUUUAUUCGUAGCAUUCGACAAAGUGUGUGUUCUCCUGGCAAUAUUUAACACAGCCAUUCUAUUAAAAGAAAUAAAGAAAGUAAUAGUUUGAUCAUGCAGACAAAUAAAAACAAAAAGUAAGUACGGGGCCUCUAAACAAUAACGUCUAAACAAUAACUUGUGUUGAGACGGACGCAGAAGUUGUAAUUUUUACUUGGAAUAGGAAGCAAUGAUUUAUGGAGUACUUGACUACUGUAAUCCGCUUCUCAGUGGUCUUAUGUGCUCCCAACCUGCGCCGUUACAGUCCAUAAUGAAUGCAGCAGCGAGGCUCAUCUUCCUGUCUGCCCGCACCUCUCAUGCCUCACCCUUCUCUCAAUCCCUACAUUGGCUUCCUAUAAAAUAUAGAGCUCAAUUUAAAAUUCUGGUUCUUGCUUUCAAAUCGCUACAUAAUGCUGCUCCCACCUAUCUAUCCUCCCUUAUACAUAAGUAUGCCCCGUCUAGGCUUUUACAAUCUGCUGAAGACUAUCUUCUGUCGGACUCCCACUUCUGAUGCUCGCCUUCAAGAUUUCUCGAGGGCUGCACCAUUCCUGUGGAACUCGCUUCCCUCCUCCGUUAGAUGCUCACCCAGUCUCCACUCCUUCAAAAAAUCGUUAAAAAUCCACUUCUUCAUAAAAGCCUAUCAAUUAAACUGUUAAUAGCUCCUGACUGAUUCCUCUUCUGCAACUGUCACUAGUCUAAUACUAUCCUUACCUUUUUGUGUCAUUUUACCCCACUUCCUCUAGCAUGUAAGCACAUUGAGCAGGCCCCUCAACUCCUCUGUUCCUGUGUGUCCAACUUGUCUGGUUAUAACUACAUGUCUGUUCGUCUACACACUGUAAAGCGCUGCGGAAUUUGAUGGCGCUAUAUAAAUACCAUAAUAAUAAUAAUAAUAAUAAUAAUAAUAUGGAGCCGCUAUUGUAGUCACGUUUUAACUCCCUUUUUAGUCAAUAGUGGAGGGAAAAUGUAGAUCUAUUGAUUGUCUUCUCCCUUGCAUGGGACCAAUAGGACCAUUCUAUAAAAGUAAAGAUCUAACCUUUAAUAGCAGUCAAACAAAAUGCUGAUUUAUUUAUUGAUUUUUAAGGCCUGAAGAUUGCUUGCAGUAAUGUCAAUUUUUAUAAAUAAAUUAGAAGUACAGUGGUACCUCGGUUUACAAACGCCUCGGUUAACAUAAUUUUCGGUUUACAAAUAAAAAUCCAUUGAAAAUAAUGCCUCGGCUUACAAUUUUUGUUUUGCAAUAUGAAUCAGUUUCCCCAGGAUGCAUUGCAUUUAUAGUGCCGCUCCCACGCAUGCUGGAGUCUGUGGGUAGCACAUGGCAUCGAGUGUGGAGGUGGUGGAGCGAUUUUUGCAUCGAGAUUUGGAGCCGUUCUGGAAACUAUUUGCAGCGAUUUUUACUUUUUUCUGACCUUCGGAACGGAUUAAUUGGUUUUCAAUGCAUUCCUAUGGGAAACUGCUUUCGGUUAACAAAUUUUUCACAAUACUAAACGUCCCGGAGAACGCAUUAAAUUUGUAAACCGAGGUACCACAUAGAUUGUUCUGAAUGAUGUGUUUACGUUUCACAUGAUAUUAUUUACUGUGUAGUUAUAUUUAUUUUUCUGUGUUGCUAUUUUUCUAUACACCAACUUGUCAAGUAGCACAGUGUGAAAUCAGUCGUACAGUUUAAUCUGUCAGCAGACGAGGGAGUUAGGAGAGUUAUUGUGACAUGCAGGGUGAGUUUCACUUGUUUAAACUUGUCUGUAGGUCAUUGGGUGGUAAAUCAGGCUUUAAUAACCUGUAGUCGAGAGUCAGCAUCGCCCAGUGUCCAAGCAGCAGUGAUUGGCUGUGCCGAUGGCUAGCCUGUUAUCUUGGCAAGCAUGGCAGACAUGCCAUCUGUCACACUACGUGCAUUCUAUACAAGCGGCUGGACAGCGACUCAUGGGGUGAGAUCAGAUUCCAUAUACUGCUAUACAGUGCUUCUGAUAGGUGAAGACACUUCCUGGUCUGGGCAGAGAUCUGUGAUUUUGUUGCUGGGCUGUCUAUUUGCAGCAUUAUGAUAAGUGGGUUACAUUGUCAGUCCCACAUGUUAUCGUAACAUUACUGAACUUCACAUUUUGCAACACGCCAGGAAGUCAGACAUAUUGAAUAAUUGUGGUACGGUGUAGUAGAUGUUCUUGGACAGCAAGCUGGUUGCCAGUCCCACACACAGACAAUACAUACACUAGGGAUUUGGGGUAAAUCAUAGGAAUGCUAACCGCGACUUAAAGCAUCACCAGCAGACUUGAAGGAUCACACACAUUCUGCAUAGUCAGAUCAAUCAAAAUGGCAGCUUGGCUCAGUGUGUUUAGCUGGUCAAUCAAUCACACCAUAGCCUGGAUCCUGGACUGUUUAUCCAGGACUAGAGAAAUGUGGUGGCAUGAUGCUCAGUAACACAGAAACAUUACAGGUGCUGAAAAAAGUAUUUUAAAGAGCAAGAAAUUUAAUAUCUCCCUUCCCCAGACUCAUGUGAAAGCCAAGUGUCGCUCAUCAUCAAUGUAGUUUAAGGCAGGAGUCUAAGAGUCCGUCAUAUUUCCUCUCACUGGUGGAAGAACGUGUAUGGAAUGGUUAAUUGAACAGAAGGAACGUUGUACGCUCCUGAUCUACAGACAUGCUGAUUCAGCUAGGCCCAGACAGUACAUGGUAUAUUUCAUUCACUUGCCUGAAUACAUUUGUUCUGAUUACUUUUUCACCCAUGAAUGAGAUGUUGAGAGUGGUUGCAUUGCACAUUUUGAAUUCAUUUCCUUGAGGAGUUGUUAAGUGGAUGCACAUGGCCACACUCAUUUCCAACAUGAUUCAAAGAGCAGAGAGGGAUUGGCUGACAUAUCCCAGCCAGUUCAGGUUUUCAUCAGAGAUCAGUGAAGGACAUGAAACCUGUCCUGCUUGGACCCAAUGUCCUUCAUGACAAUAUCAUUUGCAGCACAAGCUCAAUGUCAUGCAUGAGACUUGGAGAUUCUUUUUGGUCCAAACUGUAAUUUGUCUGAUUUUACGCCGAUCAGGUCAUUCCUUAAAGGGACACUAUAAUCACCCAAACAACUUUAGCUUAAUGAAGCAGUUUUAGUUUAUAGAUCAUGUCCCUGCAGCCUCACUGCUCAAUUCUUUGCCAUUUCGGAGUUAAAUCCCUUUGUUUAUAAACCCUAGUCACACCUCCCUGCAUGUGACUUGCACAGCCUUCAUAAACACUUCCUGUAAAGAGUCAUCUAAUGUUUAAACUUCCUCCAUUGCAAAUUCUGUUUAAUUUAACAUUUCUUAUUCCCUGUACCGUUUAGCUUAACAGACCCUAAAGGAGCCUCCUGUGUGUGGUUCAAGUUCAAUUCAGAGAAUAGGAGAUAAACACGUUUAAAGUAGGUUACAUCUGAAUGAAAGUGAAAGUUUUUUCAUGCAAGCUGUGUCAGUCACAGCCAGGGAAGGUGUGGCUAGGGCUGCAUAAACAGAAACAAAAGUGAUUUAACUGCUAAAUGACAGUGAAUUGAGCAAUGAAACUUUAGAGGGAUGAUCUAUACACCAAAAUUGCUUCUUUAAGCUAAGGUUGUUUUGGUGACUGUAGUGUCCCUUUAACUUUAACUCAUCAAAAUGUACCGAAAUCAUAAACCAAUCGAACUGCACAACCCUGAGCUGGUUUGUUUCAGGUCAUAAAUCUGGAUUCCACCAGUAGUGCCAAAGAGAAAAAUCAAUUAUGGGAAAAAAAAACAUGAUGGGCUAGGGGACUUUCACUAAAAAUUAAUUUUAUUCACCGAUCAAUAUAUAUAAAUAUCGAUUUUAGUUUACUGCUCCACCUGUUUUUACACUAUUGGUCACUUUUUCACACUGGGUCUGGAGAGUUGAAAAUUGCUACUAUCCACUUACUGCAAAAUAUGUACAUAAUAUUGUACUCUGCGUAUUGUUAUACCUUUUUAGUUCAUGUGAUUUGGCUCAUGGAUUGGGGUUUUUUGGUACCAAAAUUCUGCCUGGACUGAGCUGGACUGACAGAUGGCUAAAUUAUGUUUAAGGAAAGUUAAUAAUAAUUAUUCAUUUUCUUUAAAGCUUAUUUUGCAUAGGCUAGUGUAGAGCAAUACGAGUCUUGCAUGAUGCAUCCUCCAUUUAAAAUUGAAUUGGUGGGAGACGAGGACAAUCGCUGCACAGAAACCAAUUGACAUUAAUGAGCGUGUUACGUUCUAUGUUGUACAGGUUUUAUAGCAGCUAGACUCUCGUUCAGCCGCCAACAGACUCUGGCUGACAGGCCGAGGAACACAGAAACUCUAUUCACAUCAGUGUAUGAUAUUCAGGGUUAUUGUACGAUUCUUGCCAGGCUACAGGACGGCUAGUCAUUUAGUCUGGCCUAUGCCGUUACAACAAUCCACUGCAGGACAGGAGACAUAAAGAAGUGUUUUGUUAUUAUGAUCAGUGUGAGCAAUUCACCAUCUACACGUCAGUUUUUAUUUAGUGAAGAGAUUGAGCGUUUGCACGCGUGAGUUCGGCCAAGAGCGCGUGUCUGGGCAGUAACGUGCAAUCUUUGGCAAAGUCGCUUUCUCGUGCUGCUUUAUAAAUUAAGAGCAGUGAAAGAUGAGACACACACACAUAAUGCCUCUGUCUGGAAAACUGGAAACAGGGGAAAGUUUCCUGGGAGAUGGAAACCCCAAAUCUUUCCUGUGUUCCUCUGCGAUGGCCAUGCAGACGCUGCUUGCUGCUGAUUUCAAGGGAGCUUGGCCCACGUCCCUGACUAUGUCAGACUGAAACUUUCUCUUCUUAAAACACUCUCUCUUUACGUGGGUGGCGUCUGCAUCUGGCGCUUAAACCCAGAAUACUCUGAAAAACCACGUCCGAUUUAACCCAUUCACAACUUGAAACACACGUGAAGGGUGCCCAUAUUCAUUUUGUAUAUAUUGUGUAUUAAUAAUGUUUUUGUAUUUUAUUGUACCCAAUUGUAUCAAUGCCAUGUUUUGUGGACCCAAGACAUACUUUAUAACAAGAGUAAAGACAAAAGCACGUAACACUUCAGUUAAAAAAAAUAUUUAAUAUUAAAGGGCAAAAUGUUUUUUUUUUAAAUCUCUUUUGUCUUGUGUGACAAGCUGUGUGAAACAAUGUAACACGCAUUUAACUACUGGGGUUAUCAUUAAACCAGAAAUUGUGGAAAAUUGGCAAAAAACUCAAAUGUCUCCAAAAUUCCCUAUUUUGUGAAUAAACCUAAACUGUUACAGCGCUGCUUUUCCGCCAUUUUCUGUCCUUUUUCUGUCCUUUACCCAGCUGGAAUUAGUUUCACGACCCAGUCUCCAAUUUUAAAAUUAAGCCAGUGACACAUUAUUUAAUUCUUAUGUAAUAGAUAAAUAAAUGAAAAGUGCUAAACACCUUCAUUAAACUCCAGAGCCAGAGGGGUCUCUCAUGCCCUUAAACAAGGCAGUACUGCCAAACUAACACAUUUACUGGGGAGAGUUACCCACAGAUGUGAGACUCCAGUUAUACACAAACUAAUGGAGGUGGUCCAGCAGAUGUGCUUGUCCCAUCUAGUGGGGACCCAGUGAAAUAACAUGAGGAGCACAUUUGUGGGUCUCAUCCUAAGGGUUAAAGAACACAGUGUUACGGAAUAUUGCAUUCUAAUGACGAUAACAGUAUAACUAGUUACUGCCCCUUCAACGACUCCAUGCGAUUGCAGUUUAUGCAAAUGGUUACUGUAACAGCAAGAAUUAUUUUUUUAUUAAGGCAGAUCAUUUACAUGAAGACCCAGAUAGUGCUUAGAUUACAAUUAUGUAUACAGCGCCAACAUAUUCCUCAGCGGUUUACAACAGGUAAACAAGAUAGACGUUUAUUUCUAAGAAAAACUGGUUUAAAGAAUCGUAAAAAUAUUGUAUGAAAUUGGUUCCCAUCUAUCUUUUUUUAUUUUUAAAUAAUAUUCUCGGUUUCUGUGUGUGGUCCCAGGGACUGAAUGCACAUGUAAUAUUGCCUGUUUAUAACUCAGUGUAUUUCGCAUGUUAAUGUCGUGGGGGCCCAAUAUUUUGAGGUUCUGAGUAAUGUAUGAAUUUCUCACUGAAUGGUGGGUUUUGUCAUUAAAAGGAAUGGGUUAUUAAAUAUUGAUCAUUCUCUGGCAGGGAAAGGAUUUUAAAAGGAAUGAGUCACAAUUCCACCUCUAAACAAACUUUAAAGUAAUGGCGAACAAUGGAGUAUUUUAACAGACUGCAAACGGGACACCAUUUAGGCCAAUAAACAAAGUUGUGCGUAUAAUGGAGGUGGUUUUCUACACACUGUGGGGUUCAUUCACUAAACUCACAACUGUAGUGUACUGAAAUCCAAAUCACAACAUUCUAAAACAGACGAGAUGUGUCUGCUGCGGAGGUGGAGAAUUUAUCCAAAUACGCUGGAUUUUCCUACAUUUUUACAUUUGGUUUUCAAUUUGGAAUUUGAUGAGUAAAUCUCAAGGGAUUAUUCACUAAAUUGGAAACAAAUGUGUUGUUUUCUGUUUGGGCCAAAAUGAGAGAUUUCCCCAUCUCAUAUGUAUUAAAAAUGUCUGAUAUGCAUAGGAAAGGUAUGGUGACUGCCUUAGCAUGAUGAGAGCCUUAGCAUGACUGCCUUAGCAUUCGCUGAGAGGUAACCAGUGUCAAGUAACUGGCAUUUCUCAGAAGUACAAUAUGGAGUUUGGGGACAAGAGAAUCUCAAGCCCUUUUUGUAAAUUGAAAGUAAAAAAAAACAUGGUGUCACUGUGCUGUACGGCAGAGAUUAUCGUCCCCUGACGGACACUUACUGCUUUCCAUCUGGUAAAUCUAAAUAACGCACAUUAUCACUGCAUGCAUAUUGAUUCCCUGGUAAAUACUCGGGUACCUUUGUAUAGUUUAUAACAAGACAACGUGUGUGUGCCGUGCCCAACAUGGUUUUGGGAAACAAGGGCCAGGUCUGGGAGGCUGGUAGAGGGGCACAUCAUUGGCAUUAUAGGGGCACAGCUUGGUAUGAAUGCAUGCUGCCCGGCUGUCUCUCUGGUACCUCCCCAUGGCUGUAAAUUCACAGAGCUCGUCUGGAGUGCUACAUCCAUUGGCUCAAUGCUCUGUAUAAUGAUAUAAUGGCACUGUGCUGGCUGAGGAUAGUUACCUGGUGUUCCCGGAUGCAGAACACCAAGGAACAAACUCAAAUCUGUAGUAAAGGAACCGGAACCCCACUGUCAGAUCCAGGACCGUUGGGAGGUGGGCUUUGUGUCACUUUAUGGAGAAUGACAUUUUGAUCCAUACUUUGUGCUAGUCAGAUCGGUAGAAUAUGUAUAGAGAAAACAUUAUCCUGCUAUACAGUUUAUUACCUUUAUUAGACUGUGUGUGUAUGAGAGAUAAAGGCUACAAAGACAGGGACCAAAAAAGGUUUUGCAUACAGCAACCACACCUGAUGCAGCAACAACCACACCUGAUGCAGCAGCAACCUCCAACUGAGGCAGCAUUAACCUCCAGCUGAGACUGCAGCAACCUCCAACUGAGACUGCAGCAACCUCCAACUGAGGCACCAGCAACCUUCAACUGAGACUGCAGCAACCUCCAACUGAGACUGCAGCAACCUCCAACUGAGGCACCAGCAACCUUCAACUGAGACUGCAGCAACCUCCAACUGAGACUGCAGCAACCACCAACUGAGACUGCAGCAACCUCCAACUGAGACUGCAGAAACCUCCAACUGAGGCAGCAUUAACCUCCAACUGAGACUGCAGCAACCGCCAACUGAGGCAGCAGCAACCUCCAACUGAGGCAGCAGCAACCUCCAACUGAGGCAGCAGCAACCUCCAACUGAGACUGCAGCAACCGCCAACUGAGGCAGCAGCAACCUCCAACUGAGACUGCAGCAGCCUCCACCUGACGCAGCAGCAACCUCCAACAACUACCAAUGUCUCCCUCUUGCUAGGAAUAGUGGAAUUGUGAUGGCACUGCUUGGGCUUAGAGUGGCUGUGUUCACCUACCCCAUCCAUUCCAUGACAUUGUUUUACAGGUGGAGAAAGAGAUCCAAUGUUGGGUGACGGUGGCAGGAGAGGGGGACAGGUGACGGGGGCAGGAGACAUUACACAUAAUUUAUCUGCCAAUAUUUAUUCUUUAAGUAUGAUACAAAAAAUACUGUUUGGAGAUGCCUACUUGUGCAGUCUGGUUCAGAAAUAAAUAGUACAAGGAGCUGAUUAAAUCCCAUACAUGAUAUUCUAAUAAAACACAAUGUAACUGCUAAUACUGGCUGACUCUGUAAUGCGCACUAAUCUAUAUUCACCAUUAUAUUCAUACAGAUCCCGCCUAUGAGGCAGCCAGGAGAUCGGGAUGGGGAAAUACUGUAAACUCUCCAGUUACCAAAAGUAAGUGGGUUCAAUGUUAUAAAUUACAAAUCACAAAUAACAAACAAUGAGAUAAGUAAAAAUGUACCAGGGAAUCCAAUGAAUGCUCUGUGAACGCAGAAAAAAGAACCAGCCGCCAUUUAAUACAACUUUACAGCCAUCUACAGAAUCCCGGAAUCAUUAGCCAGCAGGAAUUAUUUCCUCUGUCCCACUAAUGCAUUAAAUUGAAGAGACACUCAAAGAGCCAUCAUAAUUACAGCUUAUUGUAUCAUUACAGCUUAUUAUUUUCAGGAAAAGAGCAGUGUUUACUUUGCUGCCUAGGCACGCCUUUAGUGGCAGUCACCCAGACGGCCACUAGGGGUGCUUUCUGUGUUAGUGCUGAACAGUGUCUCCACCUUCUGCAUGAAGGUGCUGAACAUUCCCCAUAGAGAUGUAUUGACUCAAUGCAUGUCUAUAAGGAGAAGCUGAUUGGCAUGGCACAGCGUUUUGCCGCGCAUGCACAAUAGCCUUCCAAUACUUUCUAAUAGGAAAGCACUGGAUUGGCUGAGAUCAUCAAAAUUGAUUAUCUCAGCCAUGAAGGCGGGGCCAGCAACGGCGAGACUGGCAUGGAAAAAAAGUUGAACAAAAUGCAGCUUUUCAGAGUAAACUACUGGGGGUUAGGGACCUAAACACCUACACAGGCACUAUCCGUUUGUAUUCCUGAAACUACAGUGGUCCUUUAAUUGCACUCGAUGAAUAUUUAGUGCAAUUUCAGGCACCAAUUUUAGAGAUUAAUAAUAUAGACAUUGGGUACAAACUUUAAGGGGAUUUUUAGUUUUAAAGAAAGGCUAGAAAAACAGUUUUCCGUCACUUUGUUGAGGGAGUGUUUCGUCUGCACCAAUGAGGCAUUUACUAAUAAUAAUAAAAUAUGGAUUGUAACAAAUAUAUAGUACUCUGUGUUCAAUGUUAGCAUUCAUUUACUAAUCAAACAGCGAGUUAUUUUUACAAACAAACGGUGAUGUUUUAACACGUUAUUUUGUGUAAGUGUCUUUACAUUUGUUAUUUUAGCUUAAACUGGUUUUUCAAUAUUGCAAUUUAUUUUUUUUCCCACAACAUUUAAUUUUACAGUCAUUUUUCAGUUAUAGCCAGAUAGUAAAUUACUCCCGUUCUUAUAGUCUUUGAAAUAAACCCAGUUUGUAUCAUUUCAUGGAACAGAAACCCCAAAUAACUCAAACAUUGCAGUUCUGGUGAUGCUGUGUGUGGCUGAUAUCUGAUGUUUACACUGUUAUCUUUCAGCCCCCCCUCUGGGAGGAACCCAAAAUGUGAACAAGACUGCGGAUCAGCAAAGGACCCAGCCAGGUACUGUGACCCUGCCUGUUCUCUGGAUAUAAUACAGCCAUGACUAUCUCAGAGUCUCUGUACACCCGAAAGGCAGCAUUAACACAAUACAGUAUAAAAGGGGAUAUGGGACAAAACUAGAAGUCAGACGUUAACCUCUGAUAGUGCGUUAUCUGUGCUGAUAAACAGCGUUUAUAAAAGGGUGUGAUAUCCCUUCACAAGUCGGGUUAUCCCCAUAUCUGCACCCACUAAUACAGUAAUGAUAGCAUUUCAUUGCAGUUUUAGAUCUGCUUCUCACUUUAUAGAGAAUAAUUCACUUCUUUUGUUGUUGUUGUUUUUGAAUCUUUAAAAGUCAGCUAUGCUCUUAGUUUAAUUAGUCUGGCAUUACAUUUGAAAUUUACUUUGAAUUCUCACAUUAAUGAAUAACCCUGUAAUUCUGAAUGGAUUAUUCCCAAGUAUGAAUUGAAAUACCAUGGGAAAAAUAAUAAUUAAAAUGGAAACAUUUUGGGGGGGUUUUAUUUCAGCCUGAUAUUUGAAAUUCACUUUGAAAUCUGGACAGUUCACACUUUGGUCAGUGGGGUUCAGAGUACAUUACUGAGCAGUGCUGGUUAAACAUGAGCGUGACCUUGACUUCCCAGUUAAGAAAUAUAGUUUAUUACAUGCGCAGAGGUGCGAAGCCAGCCACUUGUGGGGUUCAUUGGAUAAUCACAAAGUUGACAUGUAACAUUUCAGCAAAAACAACAGCCUUACAGCUCAGUAAACAUGUGACUAUAUGCAAAUGAAUUGUUAGAGAAACCCACAUUGGUUCCAGCAAUGAGCAUAAUUUACAUAAUAUGCCUUUGGCAUCACACUUUGAUGUUUAUUUACUAACUUGUGAGUUAUCAUGAAUGGCCUGGUCAAUCAGGGUAUACCUCUCAUACAAACCUCUUGUGCAAUAUUGCAAAUUAUUAUUAUUAUUAUUUUAUUAUUAUUUUUAUAGCACCAGAAAAUUCCGUGUUGUGUGGCUUUUUUUACGGCUACUUAAUGCUAAUAGUGAACGUUUUAUUUCAUUCAUGCUUGGACAAAUCUCAUUACAUCUCUUUUAUUUUAGAUCCCUACCAAAUCCUGGGACCUACAAGCAGCCGGUUAGCAAAUCCUGGUGAGCAAAAUACACUUUAUUUACAUGUUGAGGGAUUUUGUUGUUAAAAUUUUUACUAAAAUGAAAAUAAUUUCAUGGAUAGAAUGCAGCAAUAUGAGUUUCUCAAUUAUUUAAAUACACAUAUAGGCUUUUAAACUAAUUCAAUGAAAGUUAUGAAUUGUCUUUAUGGGAUCUGAAAGAGAUGACCAGUAGCCCAAUUGGGAGCUAGCCAGAGACCUAUUUUAAUUGGAGUAUUCCAUGUCUUUCUGUUCAAACUGAAGGUUUGUAUCAGGGACAAGAAGGGGUGCAACAAGGUUGGGAGAAGAGGUAUUUAUGAAAGAGGAUUGAUGCUUUUUUUAAAAAUCCAUUUAAUUGAGUUAAGACUUUUCCUUUUAAAAAAACAAACUAGGUUAUUUGUGAGAGUGUAAUUUUGCAGAAAUUCACCAAAUUUUAGUACAAAAAGAAAAACUUAAAUAAACACUUUAGUGAAUAACUCUGACAGUCAAAUUCUGCUGCAGAUUAUUAUUUUCUUAAUUUGUAAAUAAAAUAUAUUGUUUUCAUGUGACUGCGCUGAUCUUGUCCUUCUCCGGACUCGUUUCAGGAAGCGGUCAGAUCCAGCUGUGGCAGUUCCUCUUGGAGCUGCUCUCCGACAGUUCCAAUGCCAGCUGUAUCACCUGGGAAGGCACAAAUGGAGAAUUCAAAAUGACAGACCCGGACGAGGUGGCCCGACGCUGGGGUGAGAGGAAAAGCAAGCCCAAUAUGAACUACGACAAGUUAAGCAGGGCACUGAGAUACUACUACGAUAAAAACAUCAUGACUAAGGUUCACGGCAAACGUUAUGCCUACAAAUUUGACUUUCAUGGUAUUGCCCAGGCACUUCAGCCUCACCCCACUGAGACAUCCAUGUACAAAUACCCAUCAGAAUUCUCAUACAUGCCUUCUUACCAUGCCCACCAACAGAAGGUUAAUUUUGUCCCAUCCCACCCUUCCUCUAUGCCGGUGACAUCAUCUGGGUUCUUUGGAGCAACUUCACCCUACUGGAGUUCACCAAGUGCAAAUAUCUACCCCAACCCCAAUGUGCCACGACACCCCAACAGCCACGUACAGCCACACCUGGGUAGUUUUUAUUAGACUCAGUUCCAGAGAAGGUGGUUUGGUGACUUCAUCAAUGGCUUUACCGUGCCAAAGAUCUCCCUCUUUGUUGGAUAAAGUGUGGCUAUGGAGGCAAAAAGUGAACAUAACUGGAUAAAAAAUCCUGCAUUUUGGCAAAUGUGCCUUUAUUCUUUCCUAACAGUGAAAAUGGAUCUUUGUGGGCCAGUAUUAUACCGCAUUUAUGUUUGCAUUCAUGUGGUUUCAGGAUAAGCUCAUUGAAGAUCUCGGUGUGUGAUUGGGAAGAAAGCCACGUCUUCAUGUGCUGCCAAACUUAGCAUUGGAUCCGGUCAGUGAGCUAUUUACUUUAACAGAGUCAUUUACGAAAGUGAGAAUUCAGAGUGAAUUAAAAAUUUAAGGCCAUAGUAGUUGAAUUGGAAGAAUAGCUGACUUAGAGAAUGUUUCAUUUCGACUAGUAUGACCUCAAAUUUUAAAUUCACUUUGAAUUCUCUCUUUAGUGAACCCUGGAAAUAUCCCUUUUUAUAUUUUUUUGUUUAUUUUUACCUUCUGAAUUCUGAUUUUGACACAUUUUUCUCAGACGCACUGGAUGGCAAUAGGAAACCUUUUAAACCAACUGGAAACAAAUGGAAGUAUUAUUAUAAGUAUAAUGACCGUAAGGGCGUGUUAUAUCGCCCUUUGGAAUGUACAGAGACCACUCUGAAUAUAGCUUUAUUUAACUGGGGGCACUGCCCUUUCAAUGCAAAAUGUUUACUCAUUUUAUUCAUACAUUAAACUGUAAGCAGAGCAUCUUUAGCGCAAAAGAACAAUUUAACUAUGAAAAUGUUUGCAGUGUACGCCUGAAGACAACACCGGCUGCAGAUUAAAGUGUGGGUAACGCCUUAACAUAAAUGGGUUGUGUAGGAAUCAUCACAAAUAGGCAGGUUUAUAUAUGUUUGUAAAUACUUUUAAACUGGCCCUUCAUGCUUAAAGAGUUAUUGUAAUCAUCAUUACCACUAAUGUCUGCUGUUUGCAGUCUAACCUGACUCUGCCAGGCUCCUGGUCUCCUCUGUAGGCAGGUUUACAACAUCGGCAGAGCUGAUAUCUAUCCUGCCCCACAUUCAUUGGUUGAGACCACUUAUAUCACUGAAGUGGUAAUGGUGUCUGGAGUAACUCUUUAAGGAGCCUUGGGAGCUAUAACAGUUGGUCAAGGGUUCGCUGAGGAAUCUAACCAAGGUGAAAGUGUUUAGGGCAGUGAGGUUAGGAAGGGGAGGUGGAAUAAAGUGAGGUUGAUUUUUCCAUCCAUGUACUGAACUGGCUCUUACUUCAUAUGAAAACAAUUGGUCUUUAAAUAUCACGUAGAACGUGGACUAGCAGGCAGGGUACAGACAGCGGAAGCUUGGGAAUACGGUUAUAUUUAAAUAUACUAAAGGUGACCAUUUAGAAGGUUUUACCCCAGGGCACAAUUUAUUCUGAUUGGACGAUCAAUGACCAUAAAAUACAUUAAUGAGAAUAAACUAAUGGCAGCCCCAUGUUUGCUGUAUGACGCCAAGUGCCUUAAACUCUAAAAGUAAAAACGUUUACAUAUAUAUUUAAACCUCCAAAAAAAUGAAUUUAAAAGCGCCUCACAAAUAAGAGAUGGUGACACGUUUCGAGGCACAAAAUGUAAUGUAUACAUCAUGAUUUGCUAAAAUGAUUAAAAUUUAUUUUUAUUUUACCUGAAGCUAACCUAGAUAUGCGCAUGAAAAGGCAACGUGUCACUGUCUUAUAAAAGUUUAUGAUCUGUUUCCUACACCAAGAACCCCUUCCUCGCCUUGGAAAAUCAUGGUGGAUGAUGACAGGCGGGGAAAGGUUUCAGCAGUAUUUAUCUUGCGAGUUGAUGUAGAAUACAGAUCUGCAACUGUAGGACUCUGCUGGCAGACAAACAACAUGCACACACUCAGCGGACCAGGCAAUUAGAGUUAGCAAAACAAGAUUUUGUUUUUUGAAAACCUUUUUUCACUCUUUAGGGCAGAAUGAGAAACCUGACCUUCAUCUGCAAAUAAGAACACUUGGGGGUUUCCCCACUAAAUACAAUACAGUGCUGCCAAUUGCAGUGAAUUGAAAACCAAGUGGGUGAAUUCAGGCUAAAUAGCAAAACUAUAAUUAUAGUUGGAGAAUUUUUUAUCAAAUGAAAACAUUUUGCCGCAUGAUUUUCCAUUUAUUAUAUUUUGGAGUUUAUUGAAUAAACCCAUUAGCAUUGUGUGCCUUCUGUGAAAAUUUUGGAUAAGAAAGUAUAAAAAAAGCACGAAGGAAGUAUAUUGCGUUAUUUUUCACCUGUCGUGAAAUAAAUACAUAAUUAUCUAGUAUAACAUAUUACUAAUAACAGUAAAGUUAGGCAAUGCAGGGAUUUUGUAGUCUUAUUUAACCCCUUAAGGACAGAACUUCUGGAAUAAAGGGGAAUCAUGACAGAAUAUUAAGGGGUUAAAGAUGGGAAAAGGCUCUCCCUCUCAUAAUUUGAUGCUCCCAUAAACCCUCUGUAGUCCUCAGACAGUGAGCCAUAUCGCUGCACAGUGCUCACAUUUCACAGGGAAAAUGUCUAUCCUCUAAAAUAUGCAAAACCAAUAGCGAACUAGAAGCAAACUAUAGACUGUGUUUUAUUAAAAAAAAUGUUUUUUUUUAUUGCGAGUUAUAUAGUGCUACAGACAUAAGUGUGUUUUAUACUUACCUCUGAUGCACUCUAAGCAAUACAAUAGCAUUUGUUUUGUUGAGGGAAUGAGGAACUGUCACUUUCAGAGAACUGACGGUAAUCUUUAAAACCUUUACUAAUUUCAGCAGCCAUUUCUGCUCACCAUAUCAAUAUAAAGCUGAAUCUGUCAGUCAUGUUGAUUGUCAGUCAUGUUGAUCAUAGAUGUAGUUCGGCAUUUUCUUUCACCAGCAGAUAUUUGGCAUUUGACCUAGAACUCUCAUAAAUCCUGGGUACAUACCAUAUUGUCUAUUGGAUAAAUUCAGCAGCACUGUGGCACGUCAAGUGAGCAUCAUGAUUGUCUAAGUCACUUCCUGGUUUGGUAAGAGCUCAUCUGGAUGCUGUGUGGCACUAUCUACAUCAGUGUUUCCCAAACCAGGGCCCUCAUAGCUCAGCAACAGUCCACGUGUUGUCAUAAUUUCCAAUGGAAUAGAAAAGGGAUAUACAGAAAUCCUGCACUGGUCCAUGAGGACUGGUUUGGGAACCACUGAUCCACAUAAUGCAUUAAAACCCAGAAUGGGUCAAAUCCAGCCAAGCCUGGGGAGUCUAUUAGAUUUUUCCCUUCCUCUUUAUCACUUAUGUUCAGUUUUAUAACAAGUAACUGUUAUCCCAAUAUUAUGCUGCUUUUGUAAUGAAUCAACUGCAUCAAAGUAGGAACGAAGUAUGAUCAGGAGGAGUUAGUUCUACAAACAUUCUAAAGAUUCCAGUAUAUUGACUUCUAGAAUCUUUAUUCAACAGAAAAAGUGGAAGUCUGUGGGCUGUUAAAGAUCUUUCUUCCAAGUCAAUGGUUGUAGCUUUCCAUGAAUCAACCUCAAAAACUCAUUGUUCACAACCACUGUUUGCUCAAAUUAGAUAUGAAAGUGCAUUUCUCUAAAUUCUGUUCCUGCAAUCAGCUACAAAGAUACCAGAUAUCAAACCACCAUCUAGAUCAGUGAUGGAGAAAUCAGUGGGGUUCCUCCACUUACUGAACUAUAACCCAUUAUGGAGUUAGUAUUAGACCAAAUGUAACCAGGUGAUUUGGCUAAAUUAUUGGGACACUACAGUCACCAGAACAACUACAGUGUAAUGUAUAGUAUACAGCUUAACGUAUAGUAUACAGCUUAAUGUAUAAUAUACAGCUUAACGUAUAGUAUACAGCUUAACGUAUAGUAUACAGCUUGUUCUGGUGUCUAUAUACUGUCCCUGCAGGCAUUUCAAUGUAACAAUGCCUUUUCAGAGAAAGGCAGUGUUUACAUUACUGCCUAGUGACACGUCCAGAGGCAGUCACUUAGAUAGCUACUAGAGGUGCAUCGUGGGGCAGUGCUGCACAGUGUGACUGCCAUUCAGUGUCUCCACCCUCUGCAUGCAGACACUGAACUUUCCUCAUAGAGAUGCAUUGAUUCAAUGUAUCUCUAUGAGGAGAUGCUGAUUGGUGCAGCUUUGCAUUUUGCAGAGGAUGCGUGACAGCCUCCCAAUGCUUUCCUAUGGUAACUUUGACACAUUUUAAGCCAAUGUAUCCAAACUGGGAAUAUUCUCCAAGUAAAAAUUACAUUUCCCAGGUAUAGUGAAUAAUUCUGUACAAAUAAGUCACCAAAUGCACUAAAGCCCACAUAUUUCUGCUAAGAAUAAUGAAUUAACAUUGAUAUUUUUUCCUGGUAAAUAACAUAUACCACAAUGUAAAUAAAUGCUACAACUACAAAACCUGCGAUGAUAUUGUGUGAUGAAGGAUUAGGGGACCGGAAGUGAGCAGAAUGGAGGAAAAUAUCAAAGAAAUGUUUGUGUUUGCGAACGUAUGCCUUUUUAACAUUUAUGUGUAUUACAUUACCAGAGCCAAUAUGAUAAAUCGCCCAAUAAGCUCAAUUUCCUAAAGUCUUCCAAGAUCCACAAAAAAAGGGAAAUGUAGGACUGAAACAUAUUGCCUGGUCCCGGCCCUGCCUCCUUUAUGGAUUCACAAGCGCUGUGCGUUUGUUAGAACGGUCUUUUGAGAUCCUACAAAGUACAGGGCAAAGUUUACUGUAUACAUUAUAAAGGAUUCACAGUAUGAAGAAUCACUGCAGGGGAAGGCUGUGAAGCCGGACAGUCUCCUUAGCAAUGGACAGAUUAAUGACGUUUAGAAACGAGUUGAUCUCACAGAAAUGAGGGGGGGGUUCUUAGAGAACUGUAUUUUGGAUUUUUAAAAUUUUGUACAGGAUUUUUUUUCAGUUAUUUUUCUAAACUUUUGAUCUUUUUGUACAUUUUGGCUUUUUAACUUUGUAUUUUCCAAUUUUCUCUUUUUGCAAUUAAAUAAAAAUGUAAAAC